AGGCUUCCAGGAAUGAUUGAACACCAUUAAGCAAGACAAUCUGGAUUAUUUCAGCAGGACUUUGAAGUAGAAAACUCAGAUAGAUACAUUCACACCAACAGGACCAGUCCUCCACAUCCCUCCACCUGCAGGUAAUGAGAACUCCAUUUCUUGGUUUAUACAAUAAAAAGCGAGUAGUAUUGUCCUGCAGUGUGAAUUAGGCUCUGUGCUGUGAACAAAAGCUGCUCCUGCAGAUAUUGAGAAAGAGAGGACCAGAAGCCUUUAUCAUCUUCACUUCUCUUAAAGCACCUUCCUGUUGGGCAGGAAGUUCAUUAGUGACAAGAUGCUGAAGUUUAUGAAUUACCCAACUACAUACUCAUUUUUUUUACACACAAGUUUGUUCAUUAAUUUAUACUGCAGGUGUUUUUAUUCUCAACAAUUUAGCAAGACUUUGUAGAUUGUUGUGAAUUGCAGCUCUUCAAAUGCAUGAAUUUUUACAACUAAGUGGAUAUCCAGGAUAAUUCAGGAAUAGCUGUGGGCUUUUGACCACAAUGUGAUGUAAUUUCUUCUUGGGGAAAUGAGUGUUUACUGUAAUCUGUUGGCAUUUAUCAAUAUUUUACGAGACCGGGAGCCUCUUAACUUGACCUGUGACCCCCAAAAUGACAGUGCCACAGACUGGAAAUCUCCUCUGUUCCUCAAGAAGGUUAAGCGGUCCAUGUGCAGGUCACAGCCGGCCAAUCAAAGCUGGACUUUAGACUGACACAGAGGAACACAGCAGCCAAACAACCUUGCUUUGAUUAUAGUCAUCUAAAAAAAGGCUAUGAGCAGUAACAUUUAUAUUUAGACUGAAGCAGUGAUGGAGCAAUAAAAAAAAUAGAGGUGCUUAUUUUGGUUUUGAGUUAAGGUUUAGAGCUUGCAGAAAAUCAGCUCACCUUUGUGUUCCCAUUGCUGAUUCCUGAUGUAAAUGAACCUGCUUCUUCUGAUGCUUUUGUUUACCUGUCGUACUUAUUUUGGGGGUCAAAGAGAGGCAUAAACUUCAGAUUUGGUUGUCUUCAUUUAAAAUUUUAGUACAUCUUCCGUAUAAAUAUGUACUUUUUCCUGAGCAGAUAAUAUUUAAAUUGAUAUUUAAAGGGAUAUAAGUUUAAAUACUUUAGAAAAAAAGAUUUUUUUACCCUGAUUUUUAAUGCCUAGUAGUGGUGUGAGGGGGUCGGUGUCAGACGAGCAGCUUGAGAAACAGAAGUAUUUUUACAAUUCCCACACAAACAUUUACAAUGAAUGACACAUUUACUGUCAAAAGGCGGAGAUUUUUAUAAUCAAAAAUGUCUGCUAAAGCAUGUAGAGGACAAGACAAAUAAAAACAGCUUUUUCCACAGGGGCGCCAAAAUAGACAAACUGAAAAUUUCUUUAAAUGAUCUUUGAAUGAGUUGAAAUUUGAGCUUUAUUAGCAAGGGACACUUUAAUCUAACUACAUCUAAAAUCUUAACUUUUCCCUUCUUAUAAAUUUGUAUGAAUCAGAAAUUGGAUAAUGUGCAAAAUUCGCCUCUAAAGCAUUUUUUUCCCCCUCUAAAGCCACUUCAACUACAUUUUUAUGUCACUUUUGUAUUUAGCUUAGUGUGCAUUAUUGCCAGCUGUGUUAGAAUGAAAGUAUAGACGUUUCUAUCAUUACUUCAUUAAGUUGUCUGCUGCUCCAGUUUUCUUUUGAGCUUUGAGAAAUCACAGUGACACAGCGGGAAAUUCUUUAAAGUUCCUCCUGGUUUACUUCCUCAUUCUGAGUCACCUGAUAUUAUUUACAAUACACGAAGAAGACCGAAAACAGCAGACUUCUCGAAUCUUGCAUCACGGAAAUGUUGUUUUCAGAGCAGUGCGUGUGCAGAACUAGGGCCGGGGAGGGGGAAACCGAAGACAGAGCGAGCUAUAUCAGAGGGCGUAUGUGUGUAAAGGCCUCAUGGGACAGUGAGUCACUAUCAAAAUGACUCAGUAGUUUUUUCUUUUUAAUCAAAUGUCUGUAACAAAUGAUGAAAAUUUCAGAUAAAUGAUCAUUUUCAGAUAAAGAACAUCAAAGGUUGGUUAAAACUUCAAGCACGAGCUUGAAAGCUUUGUACAUUUUAUCAAAGAUGAGCCCAGGUGACAGACUUUGGUGUGUGUCUGUGUUGUGUGUGCAGUCACAGAGAAGUGUGCACAAUCAGUGUUGUAUGUGCAGAGGACGGGGUGCAAACUUUGAGCAGUAUGCAACAAAAAUGAAAGUGUGCAGUGCUUCUCUCUGACAUUAUGAUCUCUGCACAGGGUACCCCUGAAGUUUCACAAGAGCAGGGGUCAGUCCUGUUUGAGUCAUCAUUUACCAGUAAUGUCAAACAGAAACACACAUUUGAUGACACACUCACGCCUUUGCACAUGUUGACGAACUCUCUCACAUAUUCCUCUCCAGAGUGUGCGGGGGCUGAAGUUGCAGUUUUCAAAGAGGAAAUUGAAGAAAUGAAGUUGUCUUUUUGGAGAUGAUGACUGAAUGCAGCAGCACCAUCUUGUGGUGAAUCUUGAAGCUGCAGUUAAGACUUUACAUCCAAAGAAGUAGAUUUAUUUAUGCUUUGCGCAGUAUUUUUUCAGCCUUCUUUUAAAACAAGUGAUCAUAAAAUCAAUAGUUUGAAUAUUUUUAGUUUGAUCAGAAUUAAAAGAGUUUAAUGGGGGGAUAUCUCUAAUCUUCUUCAGAGGGGGGGUUAGGGAUGUGUUAGAAGAAUGUAAACAUUGUCUGCUCUGAGGCCCGACUUCAAAGUGAGCCCGCGGUAACCUCCUCUCAGCGGUGGCGUGCACCCUUGACGGAUGAAAAGUGAAAGUGAAUGUUCAUCCACGGUCUGCAGCCUCUUCCUGGAAGCCGGCUUUGAAGUCACAAAAUGGAUCUGAUUGACUUGUGAAGUAGACAUGUCCAUAAGAUAAAACAGAAUGGUAUUUGACAACGCACAUGCACCUGCUGUCUGUGUUGCUUCAACAGUUUAAGAGUUAUUAAAUCAUAUGGAAGCAUCUUAAAUCUGCCCUGGACUUGGCCCUUCUGAGUUUUUCAAAAGAGCAGAACAGAAACACUUUAUUCUUUUUGUUCAUUUUUGUGAAUUUAGCUGGAAGUGAAAGAGUUUAACUUUGCAGAGCUUUCUCUGCUAAUGCACCUUUAACAGUAAAUAAGGCAAAAGCCACAAAUUUGAACACUGAUGCUGUUUUCAUGGCCACUUAUUGUUGAGAUGCUCUGCUUGGGGUCCUCUCCAUUGCACCACAGAAUCCAAUAUUAAGAUGUUUGUCAUUCACAUUUUGAAUAAAAACAUUUUUGGCAGUGGUGAAAUGCAAGUGUGAGUAUCAAUAAACCAUAUCUAUAUAAGCUUUUUGUAUGUCUUUGCAUUAUCCUCUAUGGUUUUACUGUGCUUCAAACUUACUGUGAGCAAACAAAUGUGUUACAUGUUCCAAUAUCAAUUUAUUUAAAGCUCCAGUAAGGAACUUUUGAUUAGUGACAAAUUUGAUGCCCCCUGUGGACAAAAGGAGUCUCUGCUUAUUUAGUCCUCUACAUGCUUUAGCUGUGACUUCUGACAAUAAAACCGCAUCCUCUUGUCAAAUAUUUCAUUUAUUGUGACUAUUACAUAUGGAAAUGCUAAAAACAGGGCUGUUUCUUCAGCUGCUCUUCUAACACCUAUUCCUUUGUGCUGGUUUCAGGUUUUAAAAAUCAAGAUAUGACAACUAUCAGUUUUGUUACUCACGGUCUUGUUUGCUUUUGGAUAUCAUGACAAGGUCUCAAUAUGAAUUUCUGUAAAUUUUAUGAAAGUUAAAAAACGUUAACUUUCGUAGAAAAUUAAAAAUCCACUUAAGAGCACUCAAACUACAGUGAGGUACUAUAAUAUGAGAUCAAGUCAGAAUAAGAGCACAGAAAAGGAGAACAGUGAAAAGCACACAAGUUUAAAACACAGCCCUAAGAGGUGACCUCAACUCUUCACACACUGAACAAACUCAGUAAUAAGAAAAAAGGUGUAAGGGGGUGUAUGUUAGGCAGACUUUGAUAGAAGCUGGAUCUCCUGUGUGUCUGAGCUCUUCAUCAUUAUCUUGGCUCGCUGACUCAUGUCUUAAGCACAGGGAACAAAACUCUCGCGGGGGCCUUGUUCACCGCGCAAUGGGACGCCAGGAGGGACAAUAAGGGAGAAUUAGUGGUGAAAAAAGCAAAUAAAUAGGUGCUUGAAUACAUGACAGCACAGCAACAAAACCCACUGUGGAUGAGAGGGAGAGCAAGAGAGCUAGAGAGAGAGAGAGAGAGAGAGAGAGAGAGAGGCCUUGAUGAAAAUAAAUAGUGGAGCUCAAAGGGAGGCGGCGAGGGGCAGAGCGGAUUGGAGGUGAUGAUGAGUGGAGAGCUGUACAAAGUCGUACAUCUAUGGAAAAGGUUUUAAUGAGGCGGAUAUCAGUGUGUGUGUGAGUGUGUGUGCUUUCUCAUCUGUGACACAGACAGUCAGAAAAUCCUCAGCAGUGAUACUCCAAGCUUCCUGUUUCCAUGUGGGUGGGUGAGGAUUUGCGUAUUUGUGCUAUUUGUGUUUCUUUUGAAAACUGCUGCACAUGGGCCAUUUUACAAUCGCAGACAAUUAAUUGCAAUAAUCAGACUGAAGGCCAUCAGUUCUGCAAAGGUACAACUGUUGUAGAUAUUUGGCUGAUGAAUUUAAUUCACCCUGAUUUACAAAAUCUACCUACGCUGAGGUUCAAUGGCUGUUUAUGCCUAUUAAAGGGAUAUUCCGGCGAAAAAUUGAUUUAGGGUCAAACACACCGUAACACCAAGUUAGACUGCCCCUUGAGAGAUGAAUGUUGCCAACCGCUUGCUUCUCUAGUUAUACCAACUUUGGUAAGGACCGCUCGAUAGUAAUACAAAGUGGUCUGAGGAGCAAUAAACAAACCUCAACCAAAACGUCACUCUAUAGCCACAAAUAAAGCUCAGAACAGCACCUAACUUCAUCAACAGUACAUAUAGGGUCCCAGCCACAGCACUAGCCAUUAAAUAUCUUUUUAGCUUUGCCUAAUUUCUUUAGCAAAGAGACUAAACACAACUCACCUACACUCUUCCAGCAGCCGCUUGUUUGUAGCGAGACCUCGGGCCAGUCUAUCACCGACUUCAGCGGGGUGACGCAGCUCAGGGAAGAACAUUUACGAUCAUUUCUUCAUGGAAAUGCAAAUAGACCCAGACGCUAAGGCAAAAGAACUAACGCGUCCGCAGAGCAAAAUGAUUAAUGUGGUGAUUAUUACUUUAAGGACAUGAUAAAGUAAUAAUCAUAAAUGUUCUUCCUUGAGCUGCGUCACCCCGCUGAAGUCGGUAAUAGACUGGUCUGAGGUCUCGCUACAAACAAACGGUCUUGACUUCAACUUGCGGGACACUGGUGCAGUUUACAAUCCAUUAUAGAUAAAGAAUUUAAAGUUGAGUGACAGGUGAAGAAAGCCCUGACAAAAGUUUGCUCUUUUACUUUCUACAAAUUUGCACAAGAUUGUUUUUUUUUUUUAUUUGAUUUUUUUUUUUUUAGCAAACUUCUGUUUUGUUAAAUGCAAGUUCCUUCUGCAAACUUCCUGUUUUUACACAUUUAAAUAAGCCUCCAGAUUAUCUUUCUAUGACAAGUACACAAGUAAGGUCACAGCAGCCUCUCCUGUUGUCCCCCGACAGCUCCGAGGCUUCACGGCAGCAGGAGGUCUAAAAGUCUACUGUCACCUCUCAGUUGGAUUUAAAAGAACCCAAACAAGCUCAGAUAAAUGCCAAUAUAAUUAACACUUGUUAAACGAGCAAAGGAUUGUGAGGUGGUGGGAUCAAGAGUUCAUGAGAUCACAGUCACACCGUAAGAAUUACGCGGUAACUCAGCUGACAACGACAGAAUAACGCCCCGGUUCGUAAAGGUGAGCUCACUAAGGUGGAGGGAAGGACACUCAGGGCUGUCAUGGCCAGCAUUCCCGUCAGGAUUCACACACAACUAAGAUACACAUCCAGACUUAUGAUGAGAGACUGACUUCCUCCCAAGUCUAGGACUAUGUUAGAUAAAGAAUUAAAGCUUCAGUUUGUCCUGAGAGUAAGUGCAACAAUGAAAUCCUGGCCUAAAAGCAAGUUGCAGGAAGAGGUAAAAGAGAGAAAGAUGUAUGGGAACAGAGAAGCAAAGACUGUCGAAAAUUAAGAGACAAAACAAAAAAACUCCCAAAAAUAUAUUCAAAAAGCUGGCAUGUAACAUAGAAACUGGUUCCAUUGUAAAAGGUGUGAUUUGAACUUCUAACUAUAGAACAAAAAAAUCUCUCCAUCAAAACAAAAAGUAGGAAAUAGCAGACUCUGAUGGAUGAAUAUUUCAUGGUGCAUUUAAAGUGUACUAAAUUUCAAUAUGCAACACACAUUCAGCAAAAGAGCAGAAUCAAUGGGUGACGCAAGUCUGUUUGGGUGGCAUUCCCAUUCCCAUAAAAAUCCCCUUCUUGUGUUAAGCGGGUUAAUUGUCAUUGUACAAAGAUGCCUUGCUCAUGGGCUAACAUAGAGGAGCCCUCAAACCCCAGACAAAGAGUCAGGCUAAACCCACACAAAUGUGCCACUUGUUCCAGAUGAGCGUUCUCAAAAGAAUGCAGCUAGGUGGACAAAACCCCUUCUCUACGUUUACAAAAACCUGUUUUCUCAUGCCCGCUCCUCGUCACCACCAUCAUCACAUUUUUUUUACACAGUGCCUACAAGCGCCUGGCAUAUCUGCAGCGAAGGUAUUCUGCAAUGUUGGCGACAGGAUAAAGGCAAUUAAACACGGUUAGCACCGCGCUCUGACAGCCGGGCAGUUAUAGGCCUCGCCAAUUAACUUCCUGCGUAAGGAAAGAGAGGGAGAGGAGAGGCAGAAACAAGAGUCUGAGAUUAGAAUCACACUCUUUCCACUCUCCCACCUUUCCUCUCGUUGUGCUCAAUCAGUUCUGCAUUGUAGCGAAUGUACAAGUCCCCCUAUUUUGCAUGUAUUCUCUAUUAGUACUCCAGUGGCAGUGACAGCUAAUUUAGAGUCAAAUAUAGUAAUUUAGAAACGGAGAACUUACUUACAGUCAUCCUUACACUGUAUGCUCCCUCUGAGACCCGCAGCUAUUGAUGACUUCUCUCCAUGGUAUCCACUUCUUGGCCAGUUUCUCCAGUAUAGUCCAGAAGUGGGGGCUUAGCUCCCUAAAAGUUAAAGCACAGUAUGCAGAGCGUGCGAUCAAAAGGUUAUAUUUGAACUGAAUAUUUUGCGUGUCUUUCUUUGCCAAUUCAGUGACAAAAAUCAAAAGGUUGGAAACAUAUUCAAUCUGCGACAAACAAAAGCUUUCUUUUCCAUAAAUGAAUUAGUGAUAUUAUAGAAUUUAUUGUUGGCGGCAGUGCUUUCCAAUCAAACUGGCUCUUGAUAAUGUGCAUCAACUGAUUCUGGUUAGACCUAAAAUCUGGCUUGGAUUCAUCACUGCUUGUCGGUUCUCUAACUAUGGUGAUAAUCCCGUUUGUUUACUAUUCCCUCUAAUAUUAGCCAACCUCUGAUUCAACUUCCUGAUUGGUGCUUCACAAAUUACCAAGCAUCUAUGCAUUUGAACUAUUCAAGUACUCCCAUGGGUGUGUACUUACAUACAUGCACUUAUAUCACUGUUUACAUGAUUUCACAAUAUCUUUAUGUUCUUCUCCAUUUCAACCAUAGACUUAUGGGGCUGUAGACAAACUUUAGAAAUGCAUUACACAGAAUAUACAUUUUUUUUCCUCUCUGCUUGCAAUGUUGGCAUAUAGCUACUAUAAGACUGGUUUGUGCUCAAGUCCUCUUUUUUCUGUACAGCUCCAUUUUUAAAAGUUAUUAGGGGGUUCAUGUUUUCUAUGAUUGAUACAGCCUAUGGGCGUACAAAGAUUGCGAGGAUACGCUGUUAAAGCAGAGGGUCAUCACAGCGACUCUUGGCGACUCUCCCAGGAAAUGGAGAAAAAUUGCAAAAAUACAGAGAGCUUUUUGGCUUCAAAUCCAUAUACUGGUAGAAGGCGGAACCAAGUUGUCCAUAGUAUAUACAGUCUAUGAUUCCAACCUUUUGACUGGGGCUUGUUAUUUUAGUUUAAUGGAGAUCUAUCAAGUAAAACAAAGAAAAGAUUGCUAAAAAUAACCAAUUUGACUACUAAUCUGAUAGGGAACCAUUUAAAGUCUUUUUUUUUUGUGCCAGCAUUAUCUCACUUCUAUACGAAACCAAUACAAUUGCGUGCACCAAAAAAACAGAUUAUGGCUUAUUGAGUGCUGCAGAUUCAAUACAGUGGGUUGGGAAAAGACAUUGAACAGACACUCUAAGAAAUUCCAGAAUAAAUCAUGAUCUAAUUAAGAUAAUAUAAAAAUGCCAUUACGGAACAAGAUGAUAUUCUGUUUAAUUGUCAUUUCCUUGUUUUUGCUUUGAUCCAGUAUUUAGUUUUCCAAAAAUGUUCCCCGGCCAAGACAACCAGUGGGUGAUUAGUCAAAGAGAUGACGGACAGAGUUUUUAUGAUUCUGGACCACAUCCACACAGCUGGCCUCAGUCCUACUCCCCACGACCCAGCACCACCAUCCAUCCUUCCAGCUCACGGUGCCCCUAUGUAAGGACCUUCACAAGAGCGCAUGCCCCUGUUUGGCACCAAUCCCCAAACUCAUGGAAGGUAAGUCACAACGAAACAAAUCUACAGUUGAAACGAAUGAAAAUUUGGAGCAAGAUGUGCUGAGUAAAUGGACUUGAGACUGUCAGAUAAGUCCAGAACUAAGUCUUCAGGUGUCAGACUUUGGCUAAAAAGUGUCAAAGUAAAUGUGUAAUUAUUAGCCUAUCUGUGCUAAAAGAGACAAUAGACAUAUGUUUCUUAAUUAUCCAGUAAAAAAAAGUUUCAACUAACAUCUCAGAGCCAAAUACUGACCAAAGUCCCAUGACUGAUUUGCAUCUGUGUUGAAAAUACAUUUAAAACAUCCAACAAUCAGCAGCUAUAGUUUGAGAUCAGUACGUCCCCCUAUCAUGCCCUUCUCUGUGUAUUAACUAACCUCUGAAGAACUGCUAUAAAACUCCUGUGGUUUUGUUUUUGGUUAAUACUCUCCCAUUGUGCCUCUAAAUGUCUUCACAUUACAAUCUAUUCUAUUUAUAUGGCAUCCAGACAAAGAGCCGUCAUCACAAUUCAAGCAGCUACCACCUCCAGUUUAAUAGAUCUACCAUCAAUGUGAGUGUUUCUUAUCCAAACACCUCCUCUAAUGGCCCAUAUAUUACCACGGGCAGAUAAUUACUGAGCUGUCAGCUUAGAUAAUCUUGUCACAUGUCUAAUUACAGAGCUUUAUCAGAUGCAUCAGCUGUUAUAAAUACGAAUCCAGCGCCAGUCGUAAACACAGUGGGCCUCCUCGAAUGAACCUCCUCCUGGCUGUUAACACUAUCAUUGCUGCAUUGUUGUCUAUUUAACACAGUUAAGAAGCCUUCAGUAAAAGCAGGUUAAUAAACAGGGCUAGAGGUGGAAUAGACUGUAAAAAAUGAAAACCUGUUAGAUUGGCUAUCCGUUUUCAUUUUAGCCUCCAUAAAAACCGUUUCCAGUUUCUCAUGCUGGCUUGACUGUGACCAUAUUGCUGCUGUUCAACACGUCAGGAACCAUUUGAAUGAACUCUAUGUUUAAGGGUCAUUUCUUUGGAAUUCUGUCUCAGGGGAUUGUAGCACCAUUGUUCAGCUAACUAAAAACCCCACACAAUGUGCUGACAGAUCACUGAGCCAUAGCUAGCUACUGCAAUUACUGUAUGUCAGUCAAUGUAUGCAGAAUACUUGCAUUCAAGGACUCCUGCAUAUACCGCUUGUGCAUUUUUUUUUUUUAGAUUGCAGGAAGAUUGCAGCUCUCAUCUGGGGUUGAAAUAAAUCAAACCCCUGCUUUGCUUUGAUGCAAAUUUUGAAUUUUGGAUGUUUAGGAUGCGUAGGGGCUAUUUUGAAAGGAGCCAAAUGACUCCCAGAUCGGCUGCGGUUGUCUCUUUAGGGAGGAAGGGAGAUAUGAAUCAGACUAUUAGAGCAAGAGGAACAGAAAACAUCCCCACACUGGAUGGAUGACUGAUAGACUUCAAAGCAUUGUUGCAGCAUGCUUCCCCAGUCCUGCAGGAGGCCUUUCAUGUGCUAAAGUUGCUCCAGUGUGUUUGUGUGCAUACGUAAAUGCAUGCGGGUGUUUGUGGGUCCAUUACAGCCUCAAGGAACAAGCUGCCCCCUUACCCACCUGAAUAAUACAUGCAGGUGAAGGUAAGGAGAGGAAAAGUCCUGCCUCUUCUCACGGAUUCAAGCAAAACAAGCCUGUGUAGAUCUAUGCAGGUUUACGAGGCUGAAUUUGGAUUAAAUCUCUUUAAACAAGUCUUUAUAUGCAAAAAGAUGUAAAUAGUUGAAGACAUUUACAGCGAUUCAAACAAGGCUGAUGUCUUUCUAGCUGUUUCCAGUUAAUUCUACAUCCAAAUUGCUUUAAAUCAGCGGUACAUCCUUUUGUUUUUUGAGGUGCUCCAGAACAGUGGGGAAUGUGUCGUUUUGUCUGGGUUUUUUCUAAAAUAUUUUUAAAGUUUCGUUAUAAACUCUAUCAUUAUGUUUCUGGAUGCUGGCUUUUCAAGAUGCAACAAACUGUCUGGUGGAAAUAAAGUCAAUUCAGAGGUGUAAAAAGCUGCAGUUCCUCAAGUGCCCACUUGAGGUCCAGGUAAAUACAGAAAAAGGAUAGAGACAGACAACAACAGCUUAAAUACAUUUUUGUUUACAGUGCCUAAAAUAGUUUCACAGUGUAUGCCUUAUAUACAGGAAGAAAAUUAAUGAUAACAGACUGAUCUUAACAUUUAAGGCUGCUGAUCUGAAAAUAGUACGCAUAAAACUGAUGUUAAUUAAAGGGUUAGGGUGUGGUUUCUCCACCAUAAACAUCUGUACACUUAAUAUUUGUCAUCUUGCUGCUGUCCUUGAUCAGCUCAUCAUUAUCACAUGGACCUGGAAGUCUGUUUUGGUAGCAAACACAUAGCCUCUGAGACUCUAGCUCUCUGCGUUAUCAUUGUUCACAGACUGUAAAUCUCUAAAAGUUUUGAAUAAAUAUUUGUUGACCUAGUUAAAAACACAUAUCAUACAAUUACAUUUGGUUUUAAAAAAAUUGCUACCACUGCUAUUUUGAUUUUGACUUAUAUUUAAUGAAUGCAUCUGGUUAUCGGACACCAUUGCUGCACCUGUGCAUCAAAGAACUACUUGCUUACCAUUUGAGCUCUGUAGCCCUAGUGAACAGUGAGAUUCAUGAAUGAAUGCUUGUUUUGUUAGCAAAAUCUGCUUUGAAUCCUGCUGUUUGAAUGUGAACAUGUUAAAAUCACACUCCGAUCAUUUUUUUUUUACUACUUAAAGUGUUAUCAGUGGUCUUUCAGUUGUGAUUAAUAAGUUUUCAGCCAAAAUUGCAUUACCUGUGUCAUUUUAAAAGACUAUUCUCCUGAAGAGCUCCAGUAGCUCAUUAGCAAUUCGCCUCUGAGUCAUGGGUGGAGACAGCGCUGCUCUGCACACUCCUCUUCAUGUUAGCUUGCAGCCUAACAUUGCUGGUGCAGUAGAAGUGGCAGGUAACAUAAGAGCUAUUCAGCUCUAGGACACUAAUGUCUUUAGGGACACGAUGAAAGCUAAUAUCAUUAUUAGCUUUCUUACGAGCAUUGUGAUCUGCUAAUGUGCAUGCUUGUUCUGCAAUUGUCCUCCCUACUUUUCCGAGGCCUGCAUAGCGGGGCUCUGGGGGCGGAGCCUGUAUUUGCUACGUAGGAAGCCUGCCAUUUGCCAUUUGCGUCUGCCAGAGAUUCACAGCGAUUUGAAUGCAGAAAUAGUCAGAAAUGCAAUCUUGCACUUACUUUUGUCAUGAUAUGUCCAGGAGCAUCAGAAAAAUGCCAUAUGAACAUGUAGACAACAAGGAAAACAUCGGAGUUGGUCUUAAAGAAAUUCACAGUAAACUUGUCACCUUCUUCUAAAAACUGAUAUGAUUACAAAAUAACAAAAAAAGUGUGGCGUCAAAGUAUCUCUCUGUUCUCCAUAUAAAUGUGGUGUGCUCUCCAACCGCAGUCAUAUUCAACACUGUGAGUAACACUACAACUCAGGGUCUGUUGGUCUAAUAUCCAUGGCAGAGCCACUGAGUCACGGUAAAAACAGACACAUAACUUUGGUGUGUUGCUGGGCAGUGAAUGAAUCCAUGCAAAAUUUCCACAAAUUCAGCUGGCCAGCUUGUUCAUACUGUGGCAAUAAAAGACAGACAGCGGUUUGCUUUAUAAGACAACAUUUUGUCAGUGUAACCUCCCUCAUUCCAACAACAGCACAUAGAGCCAUGAAAUACAAAAAAAAACAUCCCACCAUGGCUUUGAAACGACUGAUCCACAUUAGCUGGUAAGGAGAGGAGAGGGAAUAAUGAACUCCAGGGGUAAAAAAGAGGAGAACAAACCUUAAAGGAGGCAAAGUGUUACACAUGAAAAAAGAUGGCAUGCUAGAGAAGAAGAAAAAAGCCAAGGCUUACCAGCCAAGGCUGGUGUGAAGGAAGAGAAGACAGGAAAUCAGAGGUAUGCGUGAGACAAGGAGAGAACACAUAAAAAAGGAGGAGGGUGUCAGGGCAGCAGGGACACUAAAGCAAGCCAAAGCAUGGGAGACCAGCAGUGAUUGCUCUGGACCACCCAUCUGGACUGGCUGAGCGCCUGGGCUGGCUGGACUGAGGUUUGCCUGCUGGACUUGAUUCAUGGAUGAAUAGACGGAGGGAUAACAACGGACAGAAGUCCCGUGUAAUGAUUCGGAUAGAUGGAGCAAUGUGCUGGAAACAUUAAAUAUGUCAAUGCAAAACACACAUGCUAUCACCAGUAAGUGCACGCAAUUAAGGCUCAGUCCAUAUAUGGGGCUAGUACAGCAGGAUUCAGCUGGAUUUUCAUGCUUUGUCCAAACAUAACCAACCAGCGUGUCAGCACUCUUUAACUCAGUGACCUUAAAAAUGCAGAGAGGUAGAACUCCAAAAUAAAACAGAUCUCUGCUUCAAUAAGCAGUAAUGUCUAACAUGUAGAGUAUGAGUUAUAGGUGUAAUGAAAUGUAAAUACACCUGACCCCCCACAACUUGGUGACCAAUCCCACUGAGCAAUGGAUGGCUAUUAAACGUCUAGUUUUUUUUUUUUUUAAGACCUAAUUUUAGACCUAAACUGUGAGUUGCCUAACUGAUUUCCAAGUACUUAACCAAAGUAGGUAGGCAUUGAGCAAUAUACAGUGUAGUAUAGUAUGUAGUAUAUAUUGAGCAAUAUACAGUGUAGUAUAGAUGUAGCCCAAAUUUAGACUUGAUCUAAAUUUAGACAUCUAAAAAAACUUUCAUUUUUAGACCUGUAGUAGCCUCAUUUUAGACCAGUUUUCUGGGCUAAAUUUAGACGUCUAUUAGACCUCUUUUAGACCAAAAAAUGCUCUGUGGGAUAUUUCUUAUCCACUCAACUUCUAGAAAGUGGCUUCAAGUAUGUUGCACUACUCAAAAUAAACAAUAUCCACCCAUUGUCUAAACCUGUUUUUUUCCAUUCCGGCUAAACUCAGCUGCCAUUGGGCAUGACAAGAUUCAUCUCAAAGCAGUAACAAGUCUGCCAGCAUAAACAGCUGAAUAACCUGCCAUGUCACUGUUCCCAAAUUCACAGCAAAAGUAGGAUUUCAUCGCUUGUGCAUUACCAGGUACAUGAUGUCAUUGCUGGGGUAAUUUGGUUUCACUUUCAGCAACUCUGAACACUGUGUGCACCAUCCAUUUUUUUGUAAUCACUUAUUUUUCAUCCCAAAGUUAUAAGAAAACACAUAAAUUGUACAUGAGGGAAUGACGGUGCUUUGGUUACUCAUUUAGAAACACUUUGUAUUUUAAUUGUUAAUAUUUUUAUAAUUUUCACCUAUUUCAAACCUGCUUCAAAGGCAUCCAGUGGUCAGGAAUAUGGAGACACCUGUCUCACAAAUCUCAGCUGAGCACUCCCUAACGCUAUGAUGCAAUGAAUGUUCAUUAAAUACAAUUAAACAAAAAGUUAAAUGCACUUUACCCUUUGAAAUAUGAUUAUGACCUCUCCUGUAUUCAACUAUGAACCUUUUAUUUAUCAGUGUAGGAGACAUCGUGAGAAAGAGUGAGCAGAGAUUGAAAAAUUAGCUUGUGGCAUAUUUGCUAAAACAAUUUAACUAGAGAAUGUUAAUCAAAUAGCAGCUAACAGAUACUGAGCCUUUUUUUUUUCUUCACUGAGCAACUGCACUAAAUCUGGUUUUGGAACCUUUUCGCCAAAGUCGAAGUCUUAAUUUACACAGUGUACUUCAAAUGUGAUUAGCUAAUCAAAUGAAGUCUCUGGCCAAAAACUGUGUUUUCUGUGUGACCUGAGGUAAUUGCUCCUUAGAGGAGAACAUUCUCACUGUGUCUUUUCAGUUCACCCCACUUAUGAUCGAACUAUAUAUAGGGAGUCACAGUUAGGUGUUUAAAACAAAGGAGUCUUUGAGCUGUGAGUUUAAUCACACGUGAAGGAAGCAUUGUUGUUGUAGAUGUCUUAUAAUCUUUAAUUAGACUUUAUCAAAAAAAAAAAAAAAAAAAAAAAAAAAUCAGAGUUCUGUUAAUCAUUAGAUUUUGGUUGUAUUGGCAUAUACUACCAGAGCCAUAGACUGUACAUAAGAAGAGGAUAUAACCACUGAUACAUUAGUAUUGACAAGUUUUGCAUCUUGGUUAUUCUCAUCAUAGAUUUUGGAGAACAGUAUUCAGACAGCAGGUUUGAUAGUUGCUGUUUUUCUAUCCAGGUGUGUUAAAGUCAGACAAUAUUAUUUUGGCCAUAAAUACUUUUAUUAUAAUUGUUAAUAUAACUUUAAAAAUAGUCUUUUUGGCAAACCAACAGAAGUGAAAGUACAGAAGCCUUGUAAAAGUAGAAUUUGUGUAGAGGUGUAACACUGCAUUAGAUUUGGGGUAGUCGCGAUAUUGUGGAUGAUCGGUGUGUGUAUAUUUCAGUUGUCCACAUCACAUGGUGUGUUGCUGUGAUGCUCUCAGACACUAUCCUCUAUUUUUAUCCAUCAAAAAUGCCUGAAAUUAGAGACUCAGUCUGUGGCUUUGCUUUAACCGUGUCAGACAAUGCUGUUGGCCGACACAACUUUCUGACAGCAGCUAAAGGGGCUGUGAUCAGUUCUUGUGUUGUCGCAAUCUUCACAAUUGUUCAUGCUGGCCCUAACGGUGAAUGCAGGAUUAAGACACUGUUGAGUAACCUGAGCUCUUCAUAACUUUUUUUUUUGUUAUCUAGAAAGAAGGCAGCAUCCCAUGCACUGGUACACCUAAUAUAGCAAUAUGAAAUACAAUUUGAUCACAUCUUUGACAUGAAUCCAGGAUAGAUUUGGUCUUUUGUUGAUACGUUUCCACAAAGAUCUUUCCCUUGAUCCCCUCUGAUGUGAGGGUCAUCCACGACGCUAAUAGGAUUAGACAGAAUGGCCCUUUAAAUGUUUCAUGUUCAAUUCCUUUGUGCCUCACCCUGAACGUAACUCCAUCCCAACAACACACAGAUACACACACAUCACCAACCCUCCAGCUCAACCCUGACCUCCUCCUACUUGAUUGGUCCGACAAAAGCAGAGUUCGAGCCAUCAGACUGUCCCGAUAAUUGACACCAAGAACAAAAACACAAGCCACUUCUGGAUAAAACAUAUCAUAAUCCCUCAGGGUGGGGUGGUAGGGGGUUUCAAGGCCACCAAGAUUGCUAUUCACAGCAUCCACAGACAUGGACAGACCUCCGGGAAAGAUAUUGUGAGGUGUUGGUAUGAGACCUGGUAUGACACCCCUGGGAACAAUGGUGAUUAGUAACCAAGAGGAUUGACUAAACUCAAGGGUUAUUGUUACCAUCUGGUAUUACAUGAGGAAACUCACACAAGACAUGGACUAUAGCUCUUAAAACUCUAACCAUCCAAUUUUAAUGUGCAAAUGAAGACUGUUUGUUGCAUUGAAGCCACUUGAACUGCAGUUCUUUCAUUGCUAGAUACAAUUUUACAAAAUUCUCAUUACAGAGGUCGCAUUAAAACAGAUGGAUGCAUUUUACCCACUUUUACAUCUUUUCCCUCAUUGAUUAGAAUAGAUGGAAUAAGUGAGGGCAACAGGUUAUCCGAACUAAUCAGCUGAUAGGAGAUGUAGUUUAUCCAUCUAAUUACUGCUCAAACUAGCUCCUGAUUGAUCUUAAUGAGUCCAGAUUGCAGACUCUAUUGCAUCUUUCCCAUCAGAUCUUUUACAUUAAGUACUUAAACAGGGGUAUCUAAAUCAUUUUAGAUAUCAAUUUGUUUUUAACUAACACUUUGUUGUUGUUUCCUUAAGUUUUACCUUGAUGGUAAUUGAUUUUUUUAUUUGCAAAUGCAGCAUAAACAUAUUUUGAAUUUUAUGUCAGCUGAUGCAAUUAAUUAAGUAUUAAUAACUAAAAAAAAACGAGGGAUGAUCUUCUGACUAAUUAGCUGGAUUUGCAUCAGUUAGGUACCAUGACAGCAAAGAAAAUAGCAUCUUUGAGAUGCCGAGUCUCUUAGAAGUUCAUCACCCUGAGAAAAUGCCAGAACAAACAGGGAAAAAUAUUUCUGACUAAUGUUCCUCAGUGUGAAAUUUCAAAGAAUUCUAAGACUUCUACAGGCCUAACCCUAACCCUUUACUCUCUAUAUCAGCUACAGCACAUAAUUAAGAAACAAUCACACAAGGCUAAAAACUAAGACAGGUUGACUUCGGGUCGCACCGCAUUAAAAACAGAAAUGACUCUGUAGUGGGAAUCACUGCAGGGGCUCAAAAUCACAUCUGGAAAAUGCAGUCAUUAAACACUGUGCCAUAUAAAGAGGGAACCAUAAAUAAAUAUGAUCGAGAAAUGUUGGAGGUUCCUCUUGGCUAAAGACUGUCUCAGGUGGACAAAAGAGUCAAUUUCCUGAGGUUUGACAUAUCAAAGUUUGAUUUCAGAUAUUGUGUGCUUUGUUUAUUUGAGGGGUGGCACCUGGUAAGUGCAUGCAGGAUUAAAAUGAGAGCUCUGAAAAGUUAACAUUUUUGCAUAAAUAAUAUAAGAAUACCUUUUUGGACAUAUUAGUAUAGACAAAAAAGUUGAAACUGAUAAACAGGAGAAAAAGAAGGGCAUUCAAAGCAGAUCUACUCUUUGCAUGAUUGACAAAUACAUUGCAGGACUACAUACUUUAUUUUUGCUGCACUGAAUUAUUGUGUUCUCACAUGUAGCCCAUAUAGUUCAGGAAAGCAGCAAUGUAUGACAUGGGGUAAUGCAAAAAUAGCAUUUCAAUUAAAGUUGGUAACAAGUCAAAGAAUCUAAAAUAUCACUUUUUCUUCUUUAAGAUCACUUAGGGCUUUGUCAGUUGACAUGCAUUUUGUCUGUAGUAUGUUCAGCCCCUUUGAUUAACUGAUGCCCUCCUCUUCUCUUAAAUCAUACUUUCUUUGGCACUGAUGCCAUUAUGGAUCAAGCUGAUGUAUCGAAUACAGCCCAGUGUUCAACUCCAGGCUUGAGCAGGGCCCCUGCCUACUCUGUAGCCCUGAUAAGAUUAAUGCAAUGGAUGGAGCAGGUGUCUGCCAAAAUUCCAUUCCUAUUUAAACCUCCAGGCCCAUACCAGCAAACCUAAUCCUAUUACGCCUAAUUGAGUGAAGUCGACAGUCUUUUUCAGUUAAACUAAGUUCACGCACUAAUGGGAUUCAAAAGGGGGCAAAAAAGGUACAAUGUCUCGAGAGUAGUAGUGUUAGUGUGUGGCUGGGGAAGUAGAUGGUGUGUAUCAGGGACUGUGUGUUGGGACCAGUAGGGACUCCCCUGCUGGGUUUGGGGAACUGUGCUUAAGCAAGAGGGAAGGAGUGGGCUGGAGGUCUCCCCAGAGGCUAGAUAAGCUCAUCGGGGGGAACGAGUACAAGAUAAUUUGUAUUCACAAACCCCUAGUGUGUUUGUGUGUGUGAGUCUUUAUGUUUGUGCUCAAGCUCCAUGUGUGAUAAACUGUGUGAUACUUGAGGGCAGCCAAUGUUUUGAUUUAUUUAUCUUGUUUGGUACAUUAGAUGUGUUUGAAAACUGAUAAUCUACGAGAGGAGAAUUUGAUCAUUUAUCGGAUUAUAUUCAGAUGUUUUUUUAGUAAUUUGUUGAUCAUAUUGAUUUGAUAGAAGUAUAUAAAAGUAUGUAUCAAAUAUGAUACAAAAGGCAAUAAAGGGUUAAGUCCAGUUUCAGUUGGAUGAAUGCAAUAAAUCUAUUUUUUUUACAACAUGCAAACAUACGGGGCACGGAGCAUGUAAGGGACAUGUGUGAAACAGAAACAGUGGAAAUUUCUGAGCUUCUGAAAAUAUCUACUAAAGUUCAGGGAGAAUCUUAAUGUUAUCUUGAACUUGGUGUCAGAAUAAAGAAAUAUAUUUGGUGACACCCUAUUCAACAAAAAGCUUUUCUUCUAAAGCAAAACAAAUACCCACCAUUGACCACUAAUUUUGCAGAAAUAAGUGAAAACUUUAUUUGAAACAAGUCUGCACUCCUGAGUUUGUAUUCUUAGAGGUACACAAACUCUAGCUCAUAGGAUAAAGUACUAAAAGAUCUCACUUCCUUAAGGACUUUCCCCUAAUUACUUUCCUUUUACAGAUACAGUCAUGUACCCAAAACUUCCCAGUAAGACAGAAUCUGAGAGAUAUGAUCUCCAGUGAUUCGUCCUCAAGCCAAAGGCCAGUCAGGAAUGCAAGGCGUCAGCUUCAAAACACAAAAACUGAGUCACCUCGCUGUGAAACCUCCUUGUUUUUGGCUUGUGGCUACGACAAAAUCUUAGCAGGGCCCUUUGUUACCAUCUCAUCUCCCUUUGUUCCCCGCUGAAAGACAAGAUCAGCAGUCAUGAUAGGCGUAGCUUCAUAAAACUCCCACACACACAAACCAAAUUAUGGAUGUCAGAUGGGGACACAGUGUUUAGCCAGUGGCGUCAGGGACACAGACGUGGCCUGAGGACCUAACCUUUCAAGGCUGCCCAUGGCCAGAGGUACGACAAGGGACUCCCUUUGAAGAAAACCAGUCCAAAAGGACUUGAGAGACGAAAGGUUAGCUCUGGCUGUCAGUGAUCUUACAUGGCCUUCAGGGGUAAACAGGCAACAAAGGGGCUGAAAGGAGAGCUGCUUUUUCCUCAGAGCAAUAAAACAGAUAAAAUCUCGGUCUUUAACGGCACAGUUUAACACAAACUUAACAGAUUAAUAAUGGUUUUAUAGCAUCAUUUCACUGCAGUGUGAAUUUUGGCACUAGGUCUUCAUUUGUUUUAGCCUCUGGCUUAUAUUUCAAGAGAAGUUGAUAAGGCCAUUGGUCCUUAAUAUAAAUACACUUUCGCUGAGUUUCAACCACAAAUUUUACAUUUUUUACCGAACUUUCAAAAGCAUUAAAUGUCUCCUAAAGCCUCUGCCAUAUUUGCUAAUUAAAGGGGUUGUAUCAAACAUGAUUUAUCAGUUAGUUUUUAAUUGAUUAAUUCAAAUGUGACAUGUACACACAGAAGUGUUAUUCGCCAUAAAAUAGUAGAAUUUUGUUCCUUAACAUGUUUUUUUAAAAAGAAAAAUCAACAGUGUUUCAAUGCUAAUAUAAGUGCUAUACUGUUGCAGUACCUUUCAACAAGCUGCCUUUUACAAUAGAUUAAAUGACUUAGAAAGCUAUACCUCCAGCCUGAUAGGGAUCCUAAUUCAAUUGUCAGCAAUCACGUAAAUCUUAGAGAGCAAACUCAAGACAGUUUAAGGAGCAGGUAAUGUGGUCACUAGCCUUUAAUUCCUGAUAACCAUGCAGAGAAAGCUCCGGAGACCUUUGAGGUACAAACUGCUUAAUAAAAGCACAGCUGCUUGGAGCCAUAUGAAACAUAAAUCUUCAAAUUACAUACAAAAAAAGAAUACUCUUGAGUAACUCUUCUCAGGACUGAAAGGUGCGAUUAAGUGAUUGAAAGACCAGAUAAUAGCAUCCAAAGAUAUAAUCAAAUCACCUACAGUGUCCUCAGUAGACCCAUGUGUGGGAUUGACUUUGUUAAGCCCCUUGAGUAAAUAAGGUCCACUUAGUCUAUUUUGAGCUACUGUUGAACAUGUUGGUGAAACUUGGGGCCUCUUGUUCAUAAAGACCCCUUUUGUGAAGACCAAGAGCUCUUUGUACAGAAAAAUGAAGAAUCUGUUUAAUGAGGUCUGAUUUUAGCACAAGAGGUGGUUCUAGUUUUUGUUUGUAGUCUAAGUGGUUUUGACCGAUCAUCUUUCAGCAGGCUUUGGUGCUGGAAGAAAAAUCUGUCAGUGUUCGGAGAGCAAAAGCACACCGCUGCCAUGAUAUCCCGCCUUUUGGUAGUAAUCUGACUUGAUUGUUUAUCUACAAACAUAAAGCAUUAUGCAAGUAUAGCUCCCAAAUUGUCGUGAAUCUAAUGUUUCAACCUUCUGUAAGAAAAUUUUAGUUUGUAUUAACUUUGGCGCCCCCUGUGAACAAAGCCGUCUUUGUUUAUCUUGUCCUCUAUGUGACUGAGUAAUGUCUUUUGGCAAGAAAAUUUCCACCCUUUUGAUUUGACCGUCAAACGGAAGGAAGUCUUAAGCAGACGUCUGAAGAGUUGGCAUGUGUAUCGUCCCUCAUCCUCGGGCAAAUAUAGAUAAUUGAUUACCCCAGUGUUCAAGAUUGUAAUAUCAACUCAUAAAGUUUCUACUUUAAACAUCAAUAUAGAGGUUUAUAACUGGUUAUGAAAGACUUAGUUUAAUCUCAGUGGAUUUAAACUCUGUGCUCUCACCGUUUCUUGCACCUUCCGUCAUAAACUAACGCACAAAGUUGCCAUUUCUAGACUUUUACAACACAAGACCAGGGUUGGUCAAAAUCGAGACAAAAUCAAAACUCCUCUAAUCCAUGUCAAAUGGACUAAAUCAACCUUUAGGCACCAAACAUAUUUACCGUGCUUUUGCUUCCAUUUUUUACAGUGUAGUGGCCUGUCGUAUCUGUUGUUAGAGACCCAUUUUAGACAGUGGCCAAGAUUUUGGGAUAAAACCAUCCACAUCCAUGGUUCAGAUGAAGAGAAUUAUUAACUGCCUGAUGGAUAAAUUAACCAUUAUUGGCUGUCUAUUCUCCUAAUUAUGUUUAAACUUGGAUUGCCUUCAUAGACAUUUCCUAAUCUGAUUACACAUCCCCUUUUCUUCUGAUACCCUUAGCAAAAUGGGCAUUGCCUUUGUUUCCUGUUAUUUUAAGUCAUCCCAUGCAAAUGUCAAUUUGUUUUUCCACUAAGGCAGAUUGUACAGCAUGUCCUGUCUGCAGAAAUUAUAAGAGAUAAAAAUCAGAAACCAGGAGAAAAGGUACAGUAUAUCCCUAAAUGAAAAGGCCAAAUGCUCUUUAUCCUACAUCUCAUCCUUCACGUAACAAAAAAGCGAGAUACAUUGUCAAAUGUUGGAGUGAUGUGAUUAACAAUAGUACUUCUUCACUCUAAACUGAGAAAUGCGUUUCCAAUGGCCGGUUAAAACUGGUUCAGACUGUGAAAAAUCCAGAAGCACGAACUCUUUCAGCAGUUAUGGGAACUUUGGAAACAAGACUUCAUUCAUUUUGAAGACUGAUGUUUUCAAAGGAGGAGGAGUCAAGCCUAUUUUUUAAGGUAGUUCAACACUUGUUUGCUUUUUUUGAUUUGAGUAAGAUGAGGGGGUUUUCACAAUUUUCAUGCCCAACACUUAAGUACUGACAAUGAAGCCACCACCGGCUGCUGUUAGAGAGACUGCAACCUGAUAUUAGAGGUAACAGCUGGUCUGGUUCUGUUCAUAGGAGAGAAAAUAUCCCUAUCAGGCGCUCUUUAUGUGGGUAACUAAUAAAUGAAUUCAUACAGACACUGUACACUGGAUUUGUAAGGGACUUAGCCACUGCCAUGUUACCUGGAUGUUGGUGGAAUUCUUUUUUUAAAUACGUAGCCUGGGAGAAAGGUAAGGGGAUAGCAAUCAUCAGUUUAUCAAUGCCACAAAGAUUUUGUGUAUGGGUCAUUUGUGAGGAGGCCAGAGAGCAAGUCAGAUGAAUCACAGUUUUUGUGGUGGUUCAGGAUAGGAACUGUUGAUUUGUCAUGGUUAACGCAGAUGAGGAAGCUAGCGAAAAAAAAGAAAAACUUAGCGACCUUUAAUUUAACUAUUCAACCACUUUAAACACUCAGCAAAGCGCGUGAGCAUAUAGCUAACAAAAUUCACAUUAAAAGUUGAAGACAUGGAACCGUUUGUAGGUUUGGCAAGUUUCCUGUCUUUUACAUUCCAACUUCAUUUGCCAACUACUACCCAGCUAGCAACACAUUUACGCUAUUUUUGCUGUUUCAAAGCCAGAGGUGCAAACUCUGGAGCAUGCCCAGAAAGCUCCGACUACGAGAACUUUAAUUUAGUGAGAUCUUAGUUGGCUGAAGGUGUUUUAGUUUGGUGUGUUGUUAGGGGUCAAAUUGAGAGUUCCUCACUUUUAGUACCAGCCCCUAGAGGCUGCUCCAGGAAUUGCAGAAUUUUGGCAUUUAUAUUCUAAGUGUUUACUUGUUGACUUGUGAGAUUUCUGCCUGACAAAGGUUUACUUUUUGGCUGUGUCUACAACAUACAAAAUCCUUAAAGUCACACCACAUGCUGCAAAUGGCAUGACAUCUAUGAUUUAUUUGUGAUUUUUGCCUUUCUUUUCUAAGAUAACUGCUUUUUGAUUGCUGCUUUAUAUCCAGUUUUCAACCAUCAAAGCUCUGAAAAGUCCUCUUUGAAAUCAUAGUUUGCUGAAGUAGCCUAGAUGUGCUGUUCAUACACACAUGUGAAAUGGUCAUUCAUACAAUAAAGAAAGAAGUGGUCUGAGGUCUGUAAUAAUUCAAUCUGCUGGAAUUUAAUCUGAUUAGGCCUUUACUGUCCUUAGUCCACCCGAGGAAGCAAAGGCCCAGCCAAAAUAUUAUUUGUUUGUGUGUGUGUGGGUGAAAAGAGAUUUCAGUGAUGGAGACCAAACUAUGAAGUGUCAGGAGGGAGGGAGGGGAAAAGAGAGACAGCUUAGUCCACUGAUAGAACAGAGAGAGGGAGGGAAAAAAAAAUCAAAGAAUUGGAAUAAUUGGCAUAAUUCAAGGUGGCUGGGCACAGUCAGGGGGAGUGUCAGCGUUGGGCGAAUCUUUUGCCAUCCUCAAAGAGAGACUGUCUGCACAAUUAGCCACACGAACUCUGACCCCGCUCAGAAUAAUUAAUGAAUAACAGAGGGGAUAAAGACAAAAGGCGCAGAGCGGUCUGGUUGAGUGGCGAGCGAGGGUAAUACAUCAAAGAAUGCCGUUAAUUGGCCCUGUGGCUUUCAUUCUUUGCCCUAUUUCUUUCAAUUCAUUGACUCAAAAUAAUGGGUUCAGGUUCAUUAUCAACAGGUCGUAAGCCCUGGGAGUGCCAAAAUUCAACAGGAGAGUCAGGGGUGUGUGUGUGUGUCUGUGCUCGAGUGAGUGUGCGGGUAUGCUUGCUGGUGCAUGUGUACAAAAAUGUGUGUGCAAUGGCUUAGCUUAUGCCUGGCCCCCCAAAGUCCUGACGACAUCAAUUCCACACCGGAGAAACGGAGAAAUGUCUAGUUAAGUUCAGAGAGAGCAACAGGUUGCGAUUUUCGAAGUGCUGCAUGAGUUUUGUUGUCUUGGGUAUUUGUGAAUGCUAUAGGUGCCGUCACGAUGCUGGAAUAUAACUGGUACGGACAGGUAAGUGAAACCACCUCACCUGCUUUUUUGUUACGAUGAUGCUCUCAGAAAUCAAUAAUGCUAACAUCUGCUGAUGCUCAGAACAACUUCUCAGGCCUCAGAGGUUAAGACAGUCAUAAAUUUAGAUACAUAAUAUGGAUGAUAUAUAAUAAGAUAAAAAUAUACUGAAGCAUAAUGAAAUUAUUUGCAAAUAUUGCAGAUGUCAAACUGUAUUUCCAUUACUUGAAAUCUAAUUUGGUCUCUACAUUCAUGAGAUAAAGAGUGCUGUUGUUUCAAAAAGCCACAAAGGCAAUAAGAAGACUCUGCUGCAUGUGACAAAAAAGUGAGAGAUACACCAGAGCAACAUGUAAGGCUCCAGAGUGUAAAUUUAAAGGGCAUUACACUAAUUUAAAUCCAGAGUAAUAUAGCAAUUUAAUCCUGAAAUCUCUUUUGGAGUUACAUCUGUAGAGCAAACAGGAUCAAAGCAAAGGACUGUAAAAGAAGUCUGACAUGAGAAUAACUACAUUAAAUACAAGUGGGGGCAAUAAGAGGGAUGACGUAAGAAGUGGAGACAGUAAUACAGUAGUUUCCACUGUACUCCCUGUCUGCUUACAGUAAUACGUGCUUCAAAACUGAAUAAGUGCUGAUACUAAAUAAAGUAACAAAUACAAACUGAGCUUAAACUUUUUAUUUUCCACAAAAAUCACUGCAAGUCAGCUGAUUUUGAGCUGUAAAAUGUUUUCAUUCAUAUGUAUUAGAACAUAAACAGAAAAGUUAAAAAUGGCCUCACUAACAAACUACAUUUUGCCAUUUUUUACCCAGCCCAUUCUCUAAAAUUUGACACCUCUGCAUUUAAAGAAAGUGUGGCACGUCCACUUAGACUGAAGAGAACUGAUUUGAUUUUGGAGGUCAAAGGUCAGAGGUCAAAGUUACCAUGACCUCACCGACACUCAUUUCUCACCCUCCACUCUUGAAUCGCACCUCAAACUUGCUCUCAACGGGAUAAAAUUAUUAUUUGGGGGUUUUUCUGUCUGUUUGUUGGAGUCUUGUGGAUGUAAUAUCUUUGGAAUAUUUCUAUCAUAAAAUAUAUUGAACUUCGGUACAAAUGUGCACUUGGACUCAAGGAUAAGCUGAUUCGAUUGUUGUGGUCAAAAGGUUGAGGACAAAUAUCAAAAUUAUUGGGAUCUGGAAAGUACAUCCUUUCUGCCAUAAAUUCGUGCUUCACGUGACACUAUCUUACUCUUAAUUACAGAAGGGUACAUGGAUUACUUUUUGAUUUCCUGUCUGCUUGUUUGUCCCUCAUAUUCCGGUGAAUACAACAUCUGAGGAGUGUUUUUAUUAAAUAUCACAUUAAACGUAAACUGUCAUUGUGGUCACUAAGAUGUGCAGAUUGGUGGUCAAAGGGUUGAGGUCACUGUGAAGGUCCAUCCAUCUAAUUUUUGUGAACACUUCAUCUCCAUCAGUCUUCAGAAAACAUGUUUACUCUAGAAAUUUUCAGUAGAGAGUCAUCCAUUUCCCUCCAAUAUUCAAUAUUUGGAAAGUGGUAAAACAGGUAGGUAUAUCCCUGCAAAAUACUUAUACAGUGCACAAUGUCACUUUAUAGACAUGGAUGGAGCUGCUGAAUGGUGAAGGGUUCAAACUUUGGAGUUACAAGGAUCUUGUAGCCCUAAAAAGCAGAAAUCUUGAGUUUGUAUUGUUCAGUUGAUUGGAUUGGGGGAAUUUCCGAACAAAAAGCAGACUAUACAGUACAAUGGAAAAAGUGUUAUAGCUUCUAAAAAAGCAUCCAGUAUUUAUGUCAAUGAUAAUACAUGACUAAUGUUGUAAUGGGGAAAUGCUGAGCUGUGAUGCAUGUAUUUAAAGUGCAUGAUAAAGUCACAUUCAGCCUUCUUUCCUGGUAUCAUCAACUCCUCCAGUUGUAUUUCCAUCCAACUUGGAUCCCUCUCUUCCAACACUAGGGUGUCUGUUCAGUUCCCUGAAUGUCUCCUGAUCUGUCUGAGAGCAAAUGUGCAGUUUUGGAGCGAAAACCUCAGGUCAUGUGAAAUUACUCCCACUCAUGUACGGAAUCAAACACACCAUGAAAGAGCGAGAGGGGGCAGGUGGGGGUUGGUGGCUAACUCAAUCACCGUAACUUUGUCUGCUCCCCACACGUGAUUUUGUGAGAAAUACCUCAAUGCUUGUUACAUGCAGAAAUAUUCCAGCCAUCCUCACAGCACAGUCUGUCUUUUUCCUCUCCCACUCCUUUAAUUGUAAUACCAAAGGUUUCCCAUACCUGGGUGAGCCAUGUCAAGCAAUUAAUACCCUUAAACACGCGUUUUAAGUGAGUCUUUUGGUCUCUGGGGCUCCCCAUUGUGAUGAAACGAUUGGUGUCGUCUCACGUUAGCAUCGCACAGGUGCUUUCACUGCCGGCACAUCAGAUCAUUACCAUAACCACAGAUUGUGAGAGAGGUUGAUAUAGUUGAAGAGACAGAGGGAUAAGGAUUGAGAUAAAGAAAAGAGGGAGAGAAAGUUAAAGGAUAAAUAAAGAUAACUUGCUUUAGAGAGGCUUGAGGUAUUUUCUUAAUGCACUCAUGACCUCUAGAUUGCUUUGAGUGCUACGCACACACAAAAUGAUGAGUGUUCAAGCAGACUGUGAUAACUCGUCUCACAGUUUGUAACAGCUCAGAUGCAUUUCAAUUGCAAAGAUCUUCAUGUUUAACACUCCUUAGAGGAGGUUUUAGCUGGUUAUGAAACACACACAAGUUCAUCUGAUGCCUCUGUGACCCACAAAACACACUUUUAUUGAAAGACUUAUUUCUUUGUGGUGCACUUUAAUAUCUACAAAGGAAGGUGUUUGACAAUGCCAUUAACAUCACCCUUUUUUUCUUUAAAUUUUGCAGAGUAAAAAUCACAAAUAGUGAUAUGUUUCACUUUUUAUUUUUAAAAAAAGUUUGUUGUUUAGACUUUUAACUUUGUUUCCUCUCAGUCACACUGGGUUUGAAGCCUAGUUAGAGAGUAAAGGUAAAAUAACAAUGAGGUAAACCUAUCACCUAUAAACAGAGAUAUCCUGGAUAUACUUAUGUGGACCUGUAACAUGCUGAAAUGAACCGGGACCAAAAGCUGUGUGUAAGGCAGUAAAUCAAUCUCAAAACUGAUGGUAUGCUUGAGAAAAAAUAGCCAACUGUAAAGAGAAGAGUCUAAAGUUUGUAUGUGAUUGGCUGAAAUACCCACAACCUCAGCAAAGCUGCAUUAAUCCUUUACCCAUUUCCAUGCGGUUUGGAUUCUGCCACUCAAACUGUGUGAUGAAAGUGAUGAGACUCAAUUAUUAAUAACAGAAUCAAGACAAAGUUUCACAGUCAUAUUGGCUGCACUGAUGAGAUCUGUCAUUGUCAAAACUUCACAGGCAGGAGGGAAAAAUAGCAAAGUUACAUUUGUUUUAGUUCAUGCAUGCAUUCUCAACACAUAAGUGGAAUUAAUACAACACAUGCUUGGACAUGAACACUGGUGGGAGCAGUGGAGAGGAAGGAGUACUCAGAGGGUUUCAGCUGGGUUUAGUCCUGUGCAUCUGUGGGCAGUAAUGACUGGAGUUAAGGAGGAAAUAUCCAAAUAUCCUGGAGAUUUAUAGAAAAUGUAAGGUUUGACAUAAAGUUUGGUUUGAAAUUCACUAAACAGUAACUGUGAGAUAAAGACUCAAAACCUCAGUAGUUCAUGCUCUUGAAGUAGAAGUAUAUCACCAACAUCAUGUCAACUAAGCUGGAGGAGGAGGAGACUGAGGUGAUUAUAACUCCCCUAAUCUACUGGUAUCGAUAUGUAAAAAGCCAUCUGACACUCCUCUAUGGACUAGAUUGAUUCCUAAUCAUCUUGCAAAGCAAAAUAUCAAUCAUCUGAUGCCAAGAAACGGCAUCUUAUGUUUCCCACUGCAAAGAUUCUGAUUGUUUUGUUUAAACAUGCAAAGAAAGGAUGAUACUUUUUUUUAAAUACAGGAUGAGAUCAGCGAAGAAACGAGAGGUACUGUUUCUCCACAGGGGACAACAAAAUCACCACAGAUAGAAAGAGUUUUAAAUUAGAGCAAUAGCAGAGAAGAAGAAGAAGAAGUAGUUAAACUUGGAAAACAACAAAAUUCAAGAACUUUAUUUACCCCUGAAGGGCAAGUCAUUUUUUAAGUUAUGAUCUGCCCUGCCUAAUGGUAGUAAGGCAGCAGCUCUGUUAGCUACUUUGACCUUGGCAUACAGCAGAUCCAGGGUUUUGUUUUCUACUACUUACAGACAAAAAUGUGGAUAUUGAACGUGUUUCAAGAUUUCAGUAUUGCUUAUUUCCAUAUUGUAGUUUUAAGGUGGAUUACGUAUUACGCUGAUGGUGAACAUCGUCAAUGCAGGUUAAUUUAGAAGUUGCAGAAUUUUUUAUCUGUUUAUUUUUUGGGCAGGUGUCCCAUGGUGUAGAAAAACAGACUGGUAGCUUUGUUUGUGACUGUGUUCCAGACCUAGGUUCUUGGUUGGAGAAUUGAAGUGAAGCUGCCAGUUUAAUAUUUGGUUAGAGCUAUCAGAACCUAAUUGUAAAUCCUGCUGUGUGACAGAUCUGUGUUGUCUGGUGCAGCUGUUUAAUUUUGAAGCGUAUUUGGUGGAAAGAGGACCUUGUUGGGUCACCAGUCGGAACAUGAGGUUGGAGGACUUGGCAGAACGGAGACUAACAUUAGACCACAUUUUGACCUGGCAGUGACUAAAUGGUGGAGAAAUCGAAAUUGAACUCAGGCACAACUUAUUACUCAAUUUACCCAAGACUGGCAAUCUGAGUGAUAAGAGAGGGCAACUGGUGGAGAAUCAUGAUCCGAUAAAAAAAUUGAAAAUAAAUUAUAAGAAAUUCAGGCUGACUAAAUAAAAAAUAAAAAAGUUGAUAUAUGCGCUUGACAUUUCACCAAUCUGGGUGUUUUUAUUUGUUGUAUUUGGAUGGGAACUAGUCACAAAGUACACACAGAGACUCUAUUUUUUAUCCUUUUGUAGUACAAGCUUGCAGUAAUACUUUAUUAUGACAUCUCUUUACAGAUUCAAGCUGAAAAUCUGUGCUGAACAGUGUAUGACCUGGAUUCAAGUCGAUAAAAAAGGGACCAAAACUGCACGUUACAAAACCUGAGAUCUUCUUUCCUUUACCUCUCAUUCCUCUUCCCUUUAUUCUUUUUUCUUUCAUGCUUUGCUCCCCUCUUCGUCUCACAAACUCACUCGUUCAAACGGUCUGGGCACAAAGAUAGCCGAACAAACAGCUCUUUGUCUGCAGAACAAACCAUACAUUAUUAUUUCUGGCAAGGUCAGAGUUGAUUUAAUUUUCUGCUUAGUUCUUAUUAAACAGCUAUUGCAUUAUUUAAUUUCCCACAAUCAAGUUAAAGGGGGCGGGGGCUUGUGGGGCUCGACCAAAAAGCUUUUGAACAGUGGCUUGCAAAUUUAGGCUUUGCAAAUGCACUUUAUGUUGGUUAUGGGGAGCAUCCUCUUUUUAUGCCAUGUUAAACUUCAAAGAUCAGCAGCCGCAUUGAAAUAUUUCAGAUUUUGAGCUUCAUUCUGUUUAGUUUCCAGGGGGCUACAUGAUAAAAGUUGACUGUUUGUAGUCUUUUAAAGUUUGCAGAAAUAAAAAGAAAAUAUAAACACAACAUAAAGCAGUUUUGAAUGGUAGAUGCAAGUGAGGAGCAGCUAAACAAAUCUGCAAAAGAGAUUAUUUAAAUACUGAAUAUCUCCACACAAUAAGCGGCCACACCAGCAAGAAUUACAGUCUCCAUGAAAACCUUAAUAAUUCCCAAAAUAAAUUACUUUUCAGCUAUCAAUGGAGGCUAAAUGACUGAAAUAAUAAUAAUAAAAAUACUAGCUGACUGAUAUAUUAACCUGAGCCGAAAUGUUGACCUGACUGUGUAAAACUCUUGAUUCUGAUUGGUCAAUACCUCACAUCAACUGUGAUCUAUUUCUUGACAGCAAAGUGUUGCCAAGGACAACCCAAUCCCUACACCAAAUGAGAUCACUCUACAAAGAAGAGUCCACAAAAAAAGUGGGUUAAUGUGUGAUUUGACUGUGAAUUAGUGAUCGGCUGAUUAGAGUGUACCGUUACCAUGGAGACACUACCAAGAGUGUAAAUAAAUACAGUCUUUUUAAAUGACUGAAGUCAGUUUCAAACUACCAUUUUGUGACAUCCUGUUUAUUCCUUAAUUUAACCCUGUGAGUUAUUGUUGGCAGAUUAGAGUCCCUUUAGUUUGAAACAUGUUCCUCUGGUCUAACAUUAGUUUGGUUUACUUGGCAUAACAGACAAUUUUGAGGUCGUUUGCAAAAGAAGUGAACAAUAUCUGAAAUAGUUGGCUUUGCUGUGUUAUAUGAGAAGAAAUAUUAGAAAAUAGUCAUGGCUAACUUAAAGCUCCUAUAAGGGUUUUUUCUCUUUUCUUUUUAGACUGAAAUUUAUUUUGCUUUAUGUGAUACCUCCAAAAGCAAACAAGACCAUUACCAACAAGACUGCCAUAUUUUUUGCUGUAAUUUUUAAUGCCUCAAACCAAUGUGAGUGGGUAGGUGUCAUCCCAGCAUCUAAAGGAACAGCCUUUUAUUUACAGUGUCCACACAAACUAUUUACCAUAAAUCAUACAUUAAACCCUCAAAAGUCAAUAGAUGAAUUUUUUUGUAACACCAGUAAAGACUGCUUUGUCUACAGGGGACACUAAACUUUAAACAAACCUAAAGUUACUCACAGGAGCUUUAAGGUAAUAAGCAGUUUAAAAGCUUUAAGUAGUGGACUAGCUGUAGUUUGUAACUUUGUACUAUUGGGUUUAAAGAGUGAUUGAAUCAUACACUUUUAACCUUCCUCCUGUGUUAGCUUUUACCACGCACCCACUAUGUUAAAGGUUUUGACCCUGUGUCUUAAAUCAGCUGUAAAUUACACUGAAAACAUUUCUCUAUCAUCCAAUUUGGUUCUCAUCUCUAUGUUACCUUGUUAGGCUUCAUUAUCCAUGAAAAUAUUGCUUAUAAUAUUUUUUCGUUGUGGUCCUCUGGGCCUUUCUUUGUCAUUAUACCCCUCACACAGACAUCUAUACUGAAUUGAUCGCACAUGCCUGACGUUGUUUUUUGUGCAGGGAAAAAUAAGGCAAAAUGAAAAUUUCCUAAAUUUCACAUGAUUGGAAGAGGAUCUGACUGUCAGUGUGGUGCCUGCCAGUGCACUUAUGAUUUUAGUUUUUGCUCUGAUUAUUAGAUAUUGAUCUAACCGGGUCAACAGUGACCCUAACACAACAAGUGCCAUAAUUUUAAUAAGAGCAUUUUAUAAUUUAAUCAAUUUAAAUUUUUUACUUUUAUUUUUAUUUCGUUGUAAUGGAGUUUCCUGACAAAGUCAAAGUCUUGAUGCACAAAAGCUAAUUUAUGUGGUUCAUUUAAUCAUUUAAAAACAAAAACGGGUCGGUGCAGACCCUAACACAGGAGGAGGGUUAAAUAUCCAAAACAUUAUUGGAUAUGACUUAACCUCACUGAAGCACACGGAGAGACAAGUACUUCAAAAAUCUGGACUGAGAUUAAGCAGAAACUGUCUGUUAAUGGCUCAGGGGAGAGGUGGAGGUCUUCUCAAGCACCCAUGAGUGGGUUCACUGUUCAGUGUCCAUGCUGGCCUAAAGGACACAUAAGGGUAUGUAGGUAGUAAUGGUUUUAUCACUGAAAAUAUCCCUAUAUCUGUUCAUACAUGUGGAAGGAGUGUAAAAGAGACUCUUCUUUUACAUGGAAAUGGUGUUUUGAGCUGCUGAAAAUGCAAACUUUUGAAACCUGAGAUGAAUACAGACCAUUAACUGUCUCCAGAUCUCCCUUAAAUCUUAAAUAGGAUAACUUUGUGGCAUCAGAAUUUGUUUAAAAGUCAGUCAUACUCCAACCACAAACUCACUCUAGUGUGAGGUGGAGUCUUAAAACUUAUAGUAUCCCAGCAGAGGAAAGCAAACAGAGAUGUCUUUAUUUGUAGCCUAAAUCACAGGUCAAAGUCGAUUUGAUUUUCUGCUGAGUUCUCAUUAAACAGUUCUUGUAUUAUUUAAUUUCGUCCAAUCUCCUUAAAGUAAAGGAUUGUGAUCAAGAUGCUGCAUCUCUAGGUCAUGUCUUAUAGAAAUAAAGUGUAGCUCUCAGGUCAGAUUUGUUUUACAUUUGAAACGGCCUUUUAAACUCUGAUCUUUUUGCUAAUAUGUCAAUCAAUGCUAAAACCCUUAUAUAAUGCUUUAAUAUGAUGCUGUGUGACCCUGUGUGUAUGUGUGCUGUUUCUGUAGCAUGCAUGCAGUUAAUCACUUAGUCAGACAUCUAACCCCCCCAGCACAGUUUCAGGCAUUAUUAAUAAAUCUUAAAAUAGUCAAUCUUGUGACUGAUUAUCUUGUUAGCUUUUCUGUGUCAUGAAGAGGCAUCAGUAUUAAUUUCAGCCUGUUUCAUAUCCAGCAAGGAGCUUUAAAGGUGCAGCGUGUAGUUUAUGGUGGCAUUAAGCAGAUUAGACUCGACAUGGAAGUGUGUUCAAAUAAGAACAAUUAGUGUGUUUCUUUUCAUUUCAAAUGAGCCUUUCAUGUUUACAUAAGGAGUGGGUUCACUUCAGUGGAGGACGUCAUCUUGCACCACAACACAGCACAAGAUGGGCAAAUUAAUAAAGGCCAUAAAUAUGUUUUUAUAUUUCCUGAGUGCCAAUCUAAAAUGCUGGGAUCGGAAGCCAAAGAAGAGAAAAGAGUGGUUGUUGUGUGCAAAAUAACUCAAAUUGUUAAGAGCUGUUGGUAGAUAAGACUUGAUUUGGAGAAUCGUGGAGCUGUACCAACAGGAAGGGGUGAGCAAGGGGGCUACUCAGACCACAAUCCAACCAGCAGACUGUAACUUUAAUUUCUUGUAGUGUUAUAUUUGUGUGUUGCAUGUGACACAAACUGACCUGUGAUCAGUUCUCGCAACUUUAAACAUUGAAUGCUCUGUUUUCAGAUAUUGUUGAUGUACUACUGCAAAAUGCUACAUGCAGUGAAGCAGAUAAACAUGCCUUUAGCUGGAGGGAACAAAUGUUGGACAGUACUUUACAAGGCUCCUUAAAGCUUAAAUAGUUGGGGUACAAUGACUCAAAGCCCAUAAGCUCCUUUUUGUAGAAUAACAUGGAUUUCUCUCUCUUCACCCACAGCAUUUUGUCUUUAUGCUGCCGCCCAGGCUUGAAAGGCCUUUACUUUGUAGAGCGGGGACCGUCUCGCAAUCAAUCAUGUGCAUAAUUUUAAUAAGACUUCAUCUUCAUAGUUACAGCUGGAGCCCACCGGGGCUCCUUUUCACUGUCUGCCAAAGUGAGAGAUUAAAGUUGUCUACAGUACAGCUCUGACAUCAUUCAGAGAGGCAACGCUAAGCACCGGUCUAUCCUGUUCAAGCUCACUGGGCAGUGAGGGUCAAGGCUGAUGUGCCCCUUUCAGGACUAUAACUACUACACAGCAGUUUACCCACAAUCCUCUGCUUAGAUUUGCUCGGUGGCUUUGUGGCUGUGGCUUGAAUCUUCAUCCUACUCUUCUCUUUCUGUUUAAAGUCAUCUAUAACCAGGUUGGUCACUCCGGGUCGAGUAAAGGUGCGUUCAGACAGACCCUUUGAUUUAUUUUCCUCAUAUUUUAGUUUGUUUUUAAAAGACCAUUUUGAUAAAUUUGUCAUGCUGUAUAAAGACAAUCUACUCAAAGUUCACAUUUUAGCCAAGCGCUAAAGUGAAGGAGCGCCGAAUGAGGACAGAAAUCAGCAUAGUCGUCCUUGCUGAAGUCUUGUUCAUCCUGUUUUUUGUUCUGAACAUGCAGUUUAAUGUUAUUAUAACAACUAAGAAGGCUAAUGUUUUUUCUGUCACAUUUCGUGUUAAUUUGUCAGGAUAAAUCAGGAUUUGUUGUCUUGGGAGGGUCAUUUACUGUUGGAUCAGAGGGAUUUUAUAAGUUUAUUUCAAGGUCAACUGUUUUUUUUUUUCCUCAAUCAAAACUGGGUAAUAAGCAGGAAAAUGCAAAGGUUGCAGGUAACAUAAGAGAGGACCCCUCCCUGACUCUUAAUUUGCAGUUAUGACCACUAGCUCACUAAUGUCCUGACUUAUUGACCUUAACUUUCUUAGCUAUCAAAGAUUAUUUUGCUUAAACAUGCCCAUAUCAUUACAACUAUGAAUUUCAACUUAUCUUUACGUUAUCUAAGGAGAGAUAUGAAAGGGUGAAAUGUAAACUUUUAACAGAUUAGUUUGUCGUUUAUCUUGAAAAUAUGAUAAAAGAUGAUGAAAGCUGGCUCUAAUUUUCACCUUUUUGAAAAAUCUGUGUAAAAGAAAAAAAAAAUCAAUGUAAAUUCAUGUAUACAGCUUGUAUGUAGAGGGUCCAUGAUCACUCAGGUGUUCUGGUGGACAGGCUCUUUUCCUCAGCUUGCACAGAAUAAUGAGCUCUAACUGAUUUAGGAGCAAAAAUUGUUUUAUUCUAUUUCAACUAAUUUCAUCUCCUGUGCUCCGAGGGUGAGGACAGGCUGCAGUGUAACCCCCCUCCCCUCUCUGCUUUCCUCUCUUCCCCUCUGCUUUUUCAAGUCUCUCAGUUGACUCAGAUGAUAAUUAACCAAAUUUAGAGUCGAUUUAAAGUCCCAAUCAAAUUUAAAAACUCUAGUUAGUGUGCAUUAUCGUACAAACAUGAUAUAUUUGAUAACCCUUGUAAUAAAGCUAAAGACCUGGAUCAAAUUCAGGGAGAAAAAUGUGUAGGAUCUCAAAAAGAAAGACACAAUUUUACACAAAUAAAGUUGUGAGCAAGAGAAAAACACACAUUUACAAAAGUAAAGUCUUAAAUACAAGAAUGAAGUUGCUGUUGUAGAUGCAAAUUUCCAAUAAUUUAACUGUAAUAUCAUGAGAAUCCAUUGAUAAUAUUAAGAGAGUACAGUAUAAUUUUUGAAUUGUGUAGCUAAGUGUGGUUCCUAUGUAACAAAAAUGUACAUUUUCAAGAAAUAUUUUUUGAUAUUCUGAGAAUUGAGUGACUUUUAAUUUUGGUUCCCAUAUGAUUAUAACUUUAUAUUCCUUUUUUUUUUUGUUAAUCUAUAAAUUUUUAUUCUAAUACAAGAUUAUAGGAAUGUCAUUAUUACAGGAUGAAUUUUCUAUCAAAAAGCACAUGGGUUUGGCAACUCUAUCCCUCAUUUACACUGUAUAUCUAUAGGGUCCAUGUAAAAAUGCAAGAUACACUUCAUUUAUAAAGUGUUUUCUCAAGUCGUCUGACCACUCAGACUGCACCACAUUUCCCAUUCACCCGUUCAUACAAAAUUAAUACUGUGAUGGUCGAGGCUGUAAUGGAAAGCGCCUCACUAGCCCUAUUCACAAACUGCAGGCACAGCCACCGGUGUUGUCUGGGGUUGAGUGUUUUGCCCUGCGUGUGGCCUGGGAUUGAACCCCAAACCUUCAGAUUUAUAUGAACUCUCUCUACUCUCACUAUAUGUAUGAGGUCUGUAGUCCAGACAGUCUUACCUAAGGCACUGUGGCACAUGUCCUUCCCAACUCUCUUCCUAGCUUCUAUCCAUUGUACCAUCUUGCUCUGUCUCAAAGACUUAAACUUUAGAAGAAAAUAACAAUAUGGUUACGAACUGAAAUCAAAAAGUGAAAUAAAACAAGGAUUUGUCUAGCGAGGUGUAGAAGAACUUGUGAAUUUAUUUUGCUUUUUACUCUUGAUCUUUUGUUUUCUACCAGCAGGAGCGCACUCUUGCUUGUCUUCCUUGCAACACUGAUACUUGGGUAUAAUAAUGCAUUAAAAAAACACAGCUGAGAUUGCCUAAUUGCUCUUAUUAUAAUGAAGUGGUUUCAAAAUAGAAGUUAAUUAUAUUUAUUUACAAUCAAAGCCCCACAGAGAUCAUUUCCUUCUUUACAUUAAGUAUAAAUUUUAAUUUAUUUUCUUGUUCUGCUGUCGAGGCAGACCAUUUUCAUAAAUUCAAUAUUUCAUCAAGGUAACACACUCGCACAUAUUUUCCCGUGUAAUCCAGUUAAAAUGGCUGUAAUAUUUAAUUCAUAUGAGAAUCAUUAAAAGUGCAGUGGUGCCGUGUCCAUUAUGCAUUCCUUUUCUAGCAGGAUAAAACAGUCCUCAGAUGUGGGAGCUGCACUUUGAAGUGUUGUCUCAGAAGCAGGCCAACUCUUACAGGAAGUCCCUGAUGUUUUAAACAUGCUGUGCAGAGGGGACUAACAAAGGUGAGCACUUGUGGCUUUGCCUUGAGAUGAGCCAAAAAUGGCCAGCCAGGAAUUUGGCUGGAUCUGCUGGGCUUGCGUGCUGAAGGCGGACAUGAAAUAAACAAGAUGCAGACAAAUAUACACGUGGGUGAUAUUGAAGCUGAAGGAAUACAAAACACAGCAGGGAUGAACACACGCCAACAGACUCGUGCACUUCAAAACUCCCAGAACACGACAACAGCAACAAGAACUUGCUGAAAAUAACCCUGAAGUAGCUGCCAAACGAUUUAGACACAGCGGCAUAAAUAAUGCCAACACAUCCUCACCCAGCUGACUGAGCCUGUACACAAGCUAUUAAUCAGCCUGCUCUUAAUGAGAGCCGCCAUUACUGAGAAAAGUGUAUCAAGUCUGGUAUGCCCCCUAUAAUGAAAUCAAGCAGCAUAGACACAUGUGGGGCUAAUUUGCAAUUAAAAAGCCAAGAGGAGAUAUUAGCUUGUUGUGCAUUACAGUGUUGAGAUUAUUUAAAAAAAUAUGAUCGGUACUGGCUUGAUUUAACUGAAUCAAUGUGAUUCGAUUUGGCUUAUUACAUUCAAAGACCUGAUGAGUUCAUUACAGGCCAUCCAAUAAGUCUUUACCAAAUUAAUGUUUACAAUAAUCAGGGAGGCAGCAGGGAAUCAGCCAUGGGUAUCAAACUAGAGUUUUUUUUCCAGAAUCAAAUUCCACAGUUGAGAUUUUACUCUGUGCUCCAAAUCCGGGUGUACACCAGAAAACAAGGAUCAAGAUGUAAAAAUGAGAUAAAACCAGUGCUGCAAUGAUAGGUUACUGCAGGGUUUUAUGCACUACUUGGUACAUGCUGUGUCCUAUUGUAUGCAAGUUGUUGUAGUGGCACUUGAGCAGUAAAAAAAAAGUUAGUUUUGUCUGACAAAAAUGAUUCCAGAGAGUGUAGUUCAUUGCAUGAUUCGUUUACCAAGUAAUUCAGGCAGCGGUGCAUGCAGUCCCUCACUCGCCUGGCAAUGCUGCGCUACUGACAGCUGAACUGAAGUGAGAAACAACCGAAUCGCUUGAGGAAGUAAUUCGUUCAUUACAUUCACUUAAAAGAUUCGGUUCUUUUGAACAAAUCGUUCGCGAACAACACAACAAUCCUUAUUCGGAUUCCUUCAGUCAAUAAACAGGCUGAGGAGUGUUAGCUUUUGCAGUCUUAGCUAGCUUUGUUUGUUUUGCUAACUGCAGUAAAAUCCACUUUUCCACGUUUCAGAUUCUGCUUCAGCUGCUUUUUAAAUCAUGCAUGAACAGUAUUGGUAUGACAUGCAGUUUUUCUGUGUCCUGGAGUCAUUCUGAGAAGGCCUGUGUUGACCUUUGCAGUUUUACCGGAUUUGAUGGCACCUUAAAAAAAAAAAAAAUCUGUGUGUUUCAGUAUUUAUGCACACAGACAGAUUAAAUUUUUUGUCAGUUAGUGUAGUUUAAUAGUUCGAAAGCCUUCUAAGGGAAGUGGGUGUCAUGAAGAUAACCUGGGAGAAUGUGCUGAGCUGAGCUGGAUGUUCUGCAGGAGGAAGGAAAAGUGUGGUGAUCCACAGGCAGGAACUCAGUCUGUCAACUUGUUACACCCCGACACAUGCACAUGCAAACACACACACACACACACACACACACACACACACACACACACACACACACACACACACACACACACACACAUACCCCAACCCCGCUAACUGCCAUCUGUAUUUCUGCUUCUGUCAGGCCUUUCUCUGACCAAAAACACACCCAGUACGCACACACUCACUCAGGAAAUGGCUCCCAAAUAAGCUGAUGUGUCAUGCCUUCCUUUCUGAUAUUUUUGCAAAAUCUCAGGAAAGAAGCUGCGGUACCUCUUCUUCUUCUUCCUCUUCUGUCUCUAUGAGCUGUAAGCCAUGACAGUUCUUGUUCCUCUGUGAGAAUUUGAAGCUCUUGCGGUGGGAGACACUGCCACUCUGGCAGCCAUGAGUCGCUGUUGCGUGGUCAAAGUGAUCACCUUGACAGAGAUCCAGCUUCUACAGGUAGGAGGAAUGAAAACGUCUGCAGGCCGGGGAAUCAUCAGAUAUAUGAUGGUGUACUUUUCUCUGUGACUAUCUGCACUCUUGUUUGCGUUUGCAUGCAAAAGAAAUUGCCUGAGCUUUUUUAAAACACAUGCACGUAGCAGCAGAAUAACUUAAUAGCCACCAUGUGAUACAGAUUUUGUGAUAGGUUUGCUUUCUUACGCUUAUCUUUCCUCAAAUUUCACAAUCUAGGGUGUGUGGUUACAGCUACUCACUGGUUAGCGGGCUCAGCAGAAAAAUCAGUAAGCAUGUCUGGGAAGGCUUUUUGUUCCACUUUCAUCUUAUCUGUUUAGAUUCAAGACGGACAGCAAAGAUAUUUAACUCUGCAGUCACUUUAACUGUGUCAAUGUGAUGUCUUUUGCAGAAAUAAAGCCUAACCUCCCACCAGGUUUUGUCCAAAAUUUGUACAGCCAGUUAAUGUCAGCGUCACCCAGUGUUUCAUAAGUUUCAGGAUUUUUCUGAAGUGAAAGGAGAACUUGGGUAAGACUGAAACCGAGUUAGGCAAGAGCUUUUCAUUUGGAAGAAACACCUGUGAGUCUGUCUGUCAUGGUGGGAUUUUGAGAGCAGCGUUAGGGGGACUAAGAGCAGAAUCCAUCUUUAACACAGAGGUAAAUACAAAUGCUUUUUAUAAAGCUAUGGGCCUCAUUUUCUGCACUUGUGUUUGGAUAUUUGGAUUUAAUAGAAACUCUUAUUUCUCGUUGAGUUUGAUAUUAACUAAAAGCUGAUUAAGUUUUGUUGCACAUGCGUGACUCAGUAGCAUUUUCUGAAUAACCGCUGGGAAAAAGAUAUGUAAUGUGACUUGAGCGGAUUGGAAUAAAUGUUGUAUUUGAUUAAUCUAUUUCAUUCAUGUGUGAUAAAAUCAGCAUAAGCUAUUAGAUUAUGUUACUAAAAGAGUUAGGGGAGAGUUUAAUCAGAAAGAAAAAGAGAAUGAGGGAGUUUGUAUGUUUGUUUUGUUGGUGGUUUAAAAGCCUCUAAUAAAGAUAAUCAAGUUAGGAAGACUGGAGCUGACCUCCUGAGGCCACUUUUAUUCUGUAUUUCAAAUGCUCACAGGAAGUAGAAAUGCAAACCGGACGGAUAUUAUUUGGUUAUUCAAACUCUGAGAAGACAGUCUAGACAUGCAACAAUGAAAUUUACUAACUGAUAUAACUUCUUUGAUAUCAGUACAUUUGGAUCUUAGUCUGCAUAAUCCAGGUUGCAUGUCUGGAAUACCUCUGCAAAUGUGUGUAAAUGCAGAGUGAACCUGUGACCUCUUCUGCACCGCCAACCACAAACACUACCUCAAUUGUUGCAGCAGGUGCUAGCAGCGUAUCGAGCUGGAGAAAAAACUCAAAUGUCUGAAACAUCGGGAUUGUCACCACAACUCCAAACUUGGGCAUUGAUUUAUCAGAUUCUUAUCUCAUUCCUGUCUGAUUUCUAUGGCCGGCAUUGAUAAUUUUCAGCAUGUCCGCUUCACACAUGCACAGGCCCGCCAUUGUUGAGGUUCGCCUUGGUGACUGAAGCACCAUUACCUCUCAAAUCUAAUCAGAUUCCCUUAAGUGGAUAACAAGCGUGUCUCCGGCAUUUACAGUAGUGAGAAAGGCGAAGUGAAACCAGGACAAACCACUGUCACACAAAGCAGAUGUGGUGUGUCGCAGCCUUGGCAUCCCUCCUGCUAGCCAUAGCAGCUAGAAAUGUUGAUUGGCUAACAACUGGCAUCUUGUUUGGCCUGGAGCAGUCACAGAUGAGCUUUCAGUCACUACUGACAAGCUGAGUAUUGUGAUGAGUCUGGUCUUAAGCUGGAUGCUAAGUCUAGCUGACAAAGAUAAUCUAAUGCUGAGUUUCUGAAUAGAGUCCAAUAAAAGGUUGCUGUUGCUAAAAGUUCCUAUUGUUGAGCUGUGCUGAGCAGAUAGAAAUUAGCUUCAAGCUAAUGAUAAUAUGCAUACAUGAGGGUCCAUGUAUUAUCCGUCCAUUUAAUUAUUUCAUUCAAUCUUGUAAAUUAAAAACGAAAAAAACGAGUCGAUAUUUUUUUUUAUGUAUAAUCAAAAAAUAAAAUAAAAGUGUUUGUUUUCUUAUUUUCACCUCAAACAGAAUAUGUAAUAGAGAAGGAAACGAAAACGCAAUAAUGAAUCUUAUGUACAAUUAUUGAUUUUGAGUGCGCCUGUUUUGAGCAUACCUGCAUGAAGGCCACAUUGGCCUUCCCACUAUCCUAAGCGACAGUUACCAUGGCGAAAGAUGCGACAGAGCGGUUCGAGCGCCAAAAUCUUCUGUUGUAACAGAGCUCUGGUUGUAAUUUUUUCUAAUGUCAACUCUUCCUCCAACUCUGACCCUCCAGGUGGCUUUGAAUAAUACGUAGAAUGCGUCCAUCUGCAUGACAGCAGGUUAGCCUUUCUCUACCGCUCUGGCCUGGAGUUUUUGGUCCACGUUGUUGGCUACUUUGUUGAGCAAUGCGAAUGUGCGAACAGUAGAAAGCAGUGGCGAUUGCUCUAAGACUGCAAGGGAAGCUCGGCUUCCCUUAAAAUGUCACCCCCCCAAAAAAAGAAAAAGUGGUGAAAUACGUACGGCUGUGUGUACAUUUCAUUAACUAAAUACGCACUAGAAAGCCUUCAACUUUUGUUCAGACACUGUGAUAAGAAGCUGAUAAUCACAGGUAACCGGCAUAACUUCGUUCUCAUUCAUCCUCGCAGCGCCUCAGCGCUUUAAACAGUCGGACGCUGGGCUUCUGCUGACUUCAAUGUGGAAGCUUAAAGUGGGUUGUUCCAGCAGCGAAACUAGACGCUCAUUGGAUAAAUGCUGGGCUUUGUCCCGCCCAAUGGAAGCUAAGCUUCACUGGAGUUCUAUGGCGAGAGGGCGGUCCCGACUUUCACCCGGACUCCAAGCUUCUGCAUUCAUGAUUGGAUGAGCUGUCUGAGGCGAAAUCCUUUUUUGAUUGACAGCUAAACAAGCGAAUCAGCGAUCUUGAAGAAUAAAACAUCUACCAGAGCAUUUUCCAAGUCAUUCAUUCCGUUGUUCUUAACUGCUCCAGAGACUUUACCGAUCCUCAGCAACUUUUGUCUUUGUUAAAAACGACUGCCGUUGUGUUUGGCGACUCUGUUCUGUUACAUACUAAUAAACAAAUACAAUUAUGAUGUAGGCCAGAAAAAUGAGCUUCCCCUCCUUGAAAGACCAGCAGCCGCCACUGGUAGAAAGGCACAGUGGGAAAUGGGAACAUUAAUAACCCGAAAAACAAAAAGUAGAUUUAUUUUUUUUUUUUCGUUUCCAUCUCUAUUAUAUAUUCUGUUUUGAACUGAAAAUACAAAGACAAACAUUAAUCUUUUAUUUUUUGGUUAUAUAGAAAAACAAAGAAACAAAAUAUUGACUCGUUUUUUUUUUUGUUUACUAGACUGAAUGGAAUAUUUGAAUGGACAGAUAAUACACAGACCCAUGAGCCAUAUUGUCAGACCUCUUUACUGAUAAAACAGCUGAAGUGUGUAGCAUAUGAUCAUUUAAACAUACAAACUAGUGUAGUGGUGUGUACAGUCUUAAAAUGCAGUAAGUUAGAUAUUAGCAUGCUACCAGCUAAUAUUUCUGAGACUUUGAAUGUUUUGAGACGAGAAAUGACUUUUUUUAAAAUAAUUAUUAGCUCAAAGUUUGAAAACACCAUGAAUGUUACUCUUUCUUGUCACGGCCUUACAACACAGUGUGGUUAAUGGUGUCUAAUACACGCAUGCUUAGGCAAACUAGAGGGUAAUAUAAUAGAGCAGGUUAGCUGGGCUGGCUCAAUUUAGGACUGUUUUUCCUCUUGUUAAAAUGAUACUGUAGCAGUGUGCUAAACCUCAUUGCCUCUUUUUGGUAUGUUGCGUCAUUACUGAUAAUAUUAGUCAGGUUUUAUCGCUUAUUUGUCUUUGUUGUGACUGUUGCAUUUGUUUUCUAGAAGUGCAGAGAAGCUUAAAAGAAGUGAAAACCACUUUUUCCCUCAUGUCACUUUUCCCCUUGUAUCAGUUUCACAUCACAUUGUCUUCUCAGUCUGCUAUGGUAGCCCUACUAUACAAGCAUUGUUCCCAAUCUGGCUUUCUUCUUUAAACUGAUUAUCUGAGCUCAGCAGUGGGAAACUAUUGAACAGAGAGCUUGGGCAGGCUGAUGAAGCACACGUCAUUGACUGGUAAAUUACAUACUUUAAUGAGGAUGUCUGGGUUAAAGAACAAGGCAUGAUGACCCUCAGCACGUAACAACAAGAACAUUAAAAUACCGCUGCAAACAAGUACAACCAAAGUCUCCAAUGGUCAUAAACCAAUUAGGCGAGUUUUUACAGUGAGUUUCUCCACAAUAGUGAGUUAACGCUGUUUUAUCAGGUUCUUUCCAAAAAUAGCCCUCAACGAACGGAGACACACACAGAAAAAGUUUUAUGGCUGUCAUAGUUCGGAACACUGAUUAUUCUUUCAAGUCCUCAUCGGAGCCAGUAAAUGAAUGAAAAAGCUUGGUUAAAAAUGGCAUUAAGAGUUAUUUAAAAACCCCUUUGGGGAACAAGGGUCAAUUGUGCUGGGACAACCCCUGGAGCAGGCAGCAGAGGACUUCAGGAGCUGACCACUGAUUGGUCAGGGAGAAAAAGGGCGGUCCAAAUAAAUUAGUGAUAGACGCUAAAGGCAGAUAUCCUGCAGUGAUCAAACCCUGGGUGAUCUGACGGUCCAGUGUUUGAAGUGAUUAUCAUGCUAGGCAACAUAAAGGCUUAACUCCAGCUUUGGGCCUAAUUAGUUCACUUAGGGCCCUUUAUAAGACACUGAUAGGGGACCGGGAAGUACAGACACUGACUGAGUCAGCAGAGCAACAGGAUAGCAGCAGGAGCAGCAGCAGCAGCAGACUUGGAUCCUUAAAGUUGACCUGCUGCUACAACAAACAAAUCAAUCUGAAGAGUAUCUGCUUUUCUGAGAAUGCCACACUUAACUGACUGCAGCUACUACACGAUGCGGGACGCAACCAGAGCUUCAAAUGUAAGAGAACUGAAACUUGGGAUAAAGUUUUAAAUGAGUAUAUUUGUAUGGCUGAAGUUUGACGGCAGGAUAUGUACUGUUCAGACUAACAAUUCUGUGUUUGCUUAACGUUUACUUGUUUACUCAUCUUAACGUCAAACUUUGGGAAAAGGUUUGUCGUCAAUGAUAUUUUCUUUCAAAGGAGUUUAGUAAACUGUGCAAUUAUGACAGUAGUUUACUUAAGAUGUCUUAGGGAUGAGUCCUAAGUCUCAUAAAGAGGUUUGGUUGACAUGUCAAACAUGACUCAUCGUAAUGCGUGAACUUUUGUUCUACAAGAAGCUGGAAAUUUUGACUUAUAGGAAAAUUGGAUUUCUGUGGGGUGAAGGAGAGCUUUUUUUGUCUUUACUCGUCGUCUUAGUCAGAGCCGUUUCAGAGCUGCGAGAAACAACCUUACACCUUGAGGACUUUUUUUUCCACUCCAUUUGUUCAAAUUUGUACGAUUUGUUUUCGAUGCAGGUACACAGCCACCUGGAGAACUCCAAGUUCCACCUUCACCAGAGCCAGAACCAGCAGGUGAAGCAGUACUUGACGCUGGCAUCGCCUGCCGGGCAGGGCCACAGCGUUCAACAUCCGCACACCCCGAACCAGGCGCUGGCCACCGUGCCCAUCAUGAGGAAUGGACACAUGCCCCCUGUCAGCGACAGUAGCAGCCCCAACAGCCCGGUCACCCUGCUCAGCAUGGCCAACCACGACAGCGAGGUGAGUGGGGAACAAAAAACGCCAUUAUGUCAUUUAUGCUGCGGCUGGAUUUAUGGAACUGAAAUUAAGAAAACUUGAAAUGGUGAUUGAAAGAAAGUGAAGUUGCAGCACACUAUUCCAACCACAGAGUUCAUUGUUUUUGUAGAUUUCACAACAUCUUUGAGAUAUAUUUCCUGUCAUAACUCUACUUUUUGAAAGUUCUGUGUUAGUCUUCUAAACGAUUUGCCAACAUUUCCCCCCCCAAAAAAGUUCUGCCCACAAAGAGAGAGAAAUCAUGGCUGAUACUUUGAAUAAAACUUACAAGUUCUUCUAACCUGUAAAAUUCCCAUCUGAGCUGAGUCUGAACUCUGACUAAUCAUCCAAACAAAGUGAUGCCAUUAUUGAUCUUUCUCUCUCUGAUGUGCUCAUCAAUAACUUCAGACAUGCAGUCUCUGAUGAGAACUCCUUUCAAAGGAGGAAACUAGUUUGAUAACAGAUGCGUGUUUCCUCUCUGCCAACACUGCUGACUAACUUAUGAAUGACAUGGCAUGGAGAACUCAUCUGUUAUUUGAUUAGUCUCUGGACAGUACUUCCCCUUUUCUCUUGUCUAUUUUGGUUUGAAUGGUGCAAAAGAUAAGACUUGGACAGUGUCACAAUUCUGGUACAAAGAUCAUGCGUCUGUCCAUGAGUACACUGAAAUUACUGUUUUCUUUUAGUUUCCAAUGGAUGAAGUUAUUGAUGACCUAAUUAGUCUUGAAUCCGGUUUCAAUGAUGGUGGCUUGGAUUGCAUGGAGCCUAACAUCAUAAUGCAAAACAAUGUAAGUAUGAAUCACAUCAACAACAGUUUGUAGGUCUUUUGUACACAUCUUUUUGUUAUUUUUUUAACCUGCUGGUUUGGUUUUUGUCUGCAAGUGCCUCAACUAAUGACUUCUCGUUAAAAAUGGGGUUCUUACAACCAAACAUUUAGUUGCCGGCUCCAUUUGCUUGGAAAGAAAGAGGCAGGUCUUGGUUUGGGGUCAGCUUAAGUCUAGAGAUCAGUCAAAGUUCAUCAGGGCUUAGCAACAUUUCUCACAUUGCUCAAGAUGAUCAACAACGCAGAUUAAGGAGAAAGAAGGAUUUAAGUGGACAGGGGUGCAUGUUUUACGUCAAUAUAACAAAAGAAGAAGCUAAAAAGUCUUAUUUGGGUCCAUUCUUGGGAGGAAAUUCAACAAGAAACGGCACAGCAGACAAGUCUAUGAGUAGGAUUCACAGCCGAGGAGGAAUUCAGAGACUCUGGGCAGAAAAAUCCGGGACAAGAGGUCCAUUUGGCGAGAGAACACUGCGACACCUGAACCAAAAACAGAGAGAGUUUGUGGGACGGGAAUACUGGGAAUUAUUCCUGCCUAACUCCUUAAACACAGAGAAAGACAGAUCAGCAGACUAAGAAUAAUACACACUGAAAAAGUGACAACAGAUUCUGUGACAGAAAAGAAGGGGAGGGGGGAGACGGGGACGGGGAAAGCCAGUUUGGUUCUAAAUGAGGAAAUAAGCACGACAGAGGAGUUUUGUGAUUCUGUUAAGAGUUACUGAGCCAUCGGGUCGGGCUAAUGCAUACAUCUCCCAGUGGGCUUGUUCAGAAAUGAUACCAUGCUUAAAUGGAUCAAUUCAUCCUAAUUAGUCAUACAGUGCGAUGCAUCACAUCGUUUCGCCGUGUCAACACAUCCAGGAACACGGCAGAGAGGGAUUGAAGUGAUUAGAAAAGGAGAAGUGGGGGAAAUGUGGCUGGCUUUCAUUUUGAUAAGCACUUUUGUUCCCUCCUCCUUCUUCUCCUUUUCCUCCUCCUCAUUUCCAAUCUUGGUCAGAUAAUGAGAAAAAAAAUGCACAUGCAAACCAAACUGUAUGCAGAUAUCUGAAAUAUCUGCAGUUUCUUCUGUUUUGUUUCUUCUUUUUCUGUCACAUCUUUGGACUUGACAUGCAGCCUUAUCACGCUCACCCGCCUCGUAGUAAGAUUUGACACACAUGUCGUGAAUAAAAUUGGCUGUGCGCAUCUUGGUAUGCAUGCUGGCUUCUGUAGCAUUUUCCCAUAAAUACUCAAAUGCGAAUUAGACACACAUGUGUCUCAGCAUGCGAUAUCUCAACAUCUCCAGAGUCCAUGAAAAGACGUCUUAUCGCGGAUCCCAUACAGGCUUUCCCAGACGAGAAGCAACUUAAAGGAAAACAGUUUUGCCUCUGUUCAAGCCGUUGACCCAGCUAGCCUUUUCAUGUAGCGGGAUGCUAUUUUCAACACAGAGGACAUCUCUGUGUGAGGGGUGCUUUCAAGUGGGAGGGGGGUUGAAAAUGGUGGCUUUGGACGACCGAGGCGGUUCAGAGGGCUGCCAGUGAAGGUUGAAGGUCAGGGUUAGACGGGGUUAGGCUGGAGGAUAGCCUUUAAUUGACCCAGUUUCGCCGAGUUUGGAUUCUUAAGUUGCAUGACUGUAACACAAAUCUCUGGUUGCCACGCCCUGCUGAGGGGGACAUGCUAAAACUGCAACUCCCUGCUGUGGCACCCAAAGCCAGAGGCCUGAGGGGCUGAAGAAGCUCCCUGCAUGUCUCUGAUCACUCUGCUCGCCUCUUGUCUCCUUGGUGAACAGAAAACAAAGCCACACAGCAGCCAAAAACAACUAUUAGUGUUGCUAAGUGAGGCAUGUAUGUUUUUCUUCAAGGGAAAUGCAAAUGUCUCCACAUGCUUCCUCUGUGACUGACCCUUUCUCUUUUCCCCUCCUUCUCCCCCCUUCCCCCUCUCUUCCCCAUCUUAGGUGUCCCUCAGCGGCAGCAUGCUGGACGUCUAUGGGGGUGAACAAGGUAUGAACCCCCCUAAUGGUGGAAUGAGCCCCACAUCUAACCCUACAAAGCUCACUGUAAAAAGAGAAUACACAGGUAUGAACUCAUACCAUAGCAUUGAUUUAACUACUAACCAGAUAAUGAGUUACAACAUCCUCACACUGGUAAAUCACACAAAUACAGAUGAGAACUUAGAUCAAAAAUGUGGCAUUUUCCUUUCAGAGGCAUGUUUCUUCUAAAUCUGGGAAUACCAAAAAGAACAGAGUACACUCAGUUUGGCCAAAAUAGGCAACACUUUGUCUGUUUAGGCUGAAAUUGAAUUCAACUAUCAGUGCAUGUGUCAGGCAAACAAACUACACAUGAGAACAGUCCCCUUUGUCAUUGGCUGUGAUAACAGGUCUUCAGAAACGUGUGCACUUUUCUAUAACACUGCAAAAAAAAGGGAAACAAAGGGCCCUUUAAGACAUUUCUUAUUAAUGUCAUGCAUCAAGCGAAGCAGCCUAAUUGAUUUAGGAAACAGAAAGUAUGUCUGAAGAACCCUUCACUCUCAACGGGCCAAAUAAGUAAAUUGCCAUCUGUUUCAUUUGAGUGUGGGUGGAGAGGACAAUGGGCUGUUACACAGACUUUAAAUGCUCCUGAUUGAAUCAACAGAGACAAAUUGGGAAAUCCAAUCUCAGGUCCCCAAUUAUGUAAUUUGGAAGAAUGUGAAUACAAAUAUGGAUGCAGUGGCAUUUUUGUCCCUCACCGGGAAAGAUUAGUGAAUUUGCUAAAGUGUCUUAAUUAGAGAGUAAGCAGUUUAAACGUGCUUUUUUUUUCCCUCCACACAAUGAGCUUCAGACAUGCUGGAGAGGAUAAACUGAGCUCUUAUAGUUGGCGUGUGUAUGCAUGUAGAGGUCAUGUAAAAACUCCACAUUAUUAGCUGACCCCAAGCUCUGAACUCCCUCCCAACACAUCAUUGUGUGUCCUGACUGGACCUUUUGUGGUGCUCUGAGUCAGUUGUGUUUCAGUGUCUAAAUUUGUGUGCGUUGCUAACCGAUUUGUUCCCCUUUGUGAUUUUUUUUUUUGUCAACAGAACACGAUACAAGAGUGAUGGCCAAAGAGAGGCAGAAAAAGGACAACCAUAACUUGAGUAAGUGCUCUCUGCUGCCUUUGAACCCUCUUGUGAAUAUGAGAUACAGCUCCUCUCUUAAAAUCUCAAAUCUUACUGAGAGUAUUUGACAAAUGAAAGCCGUACAAAUCUUAUUUCAGCAUGACAAAUCAAAAUUACCAUCUUUAUAAUGAAUAACACGAAGUGUGCUCUUAAGUCAUCCUCAAACCUCCAGCUCUGACAAUGUGGAAGUGAAAAAGUCAAAAUGCAAACCCACUCCAACCCCUCACUUAACUCAGCUUCUUCCUACGUGACUGCGGUUUUGCUUUGGUGUUGCAACUGCAAGAUGUCGAAGGUUAAAGUGCUUGUUGCUGGUUUUCUGUAGCACCAGGGGUCCAAAGAAAACUGUGUCUUUCACAACAUGAAGUUGCAAAAGACCUCAUUAUCAUAAAGCCCCGCCCACUUCGAAGCGGAAUCAUGUAAAGGCUGCUUCAUCCACAGAGGGCGCCAAAACUGACACAGACAAAAGCUCCUCACAAGCACUUUAAUUGAUCACUAGUACAUGUUACACCUGAAUUACCAUUAUAUAGGACUUUUGAUUGGCAGUAAUAAGUAAAAUCUGUAGCAAGUAAGUCACUAUUACCAAGUCCUGAUUUUUGCCUUUUAAUAUUGUUUUACAAGACAUAUUUGGGCUUGUCAGGUAAUUGAUUUAUUUGAAGCAUAAUAAGAUAUUUAAACUAAAACUUCAACAAAAAACUUCCUGAGAUUUUUCAGCAGACUUCCUGAUCUUUCUUUUGAUUGUGACUUUUUCUGUCCUGCUCAGUUGAAAGAAGACGAAGAUACAACAUCAACUACAGGAUCAAAGAGUUGGGGACACUCAUACCAAAGUCAAACGACCCGUAAGUUGGAAAGUUUGUUGUUUUUUUUUAAAGCAAUAUUUAAAACUGGGAGAGGAGAGAGAGAGAGAGAGAGGGAGUGGGGAGGGACAUACAGGAAAAGGAUCACAGACUGAAGUCGAACCUGGGCUCUGACCUUUGUUCACAGGACACAAAGGGGUCAAACUGGUUCCCCAAGCUGAUAAAUGUUCAUGUAUUUAUUGAAACAAUUCAGCUUUUAUGCAUCUCUUUUUCUCACUAAAUGAUUUCAAGACCUUGUCUGGUGUGGGGAAGUGUAUUAACAUGGAAGCACAAAGACUCUCCUAACAUUGUUCAUUGAAUUUAAAUGAGAACUCGGGCACAUUUCAGUCAUUUUUCAAGAGUGCACUUGAACCUCCAUUGUAGUCUUUCCCUCUUAAAGCUGUACAUCCUCUCGCUGGGUCCCUGGCAGUUCAGCUCAAAGCAGGAAUGAGGAGGGGAAAAGGGGUCAAAUGCAAAGAAGCAGACCGCAGCAUUUGAAUCAAAGUUUGAAGCACAAUUAGAACAUAGAGACAAGGUGUGGGGCUGAAUUGAAAAUCCAGCGGCCAUCUCUCGCAGUUGAACUUUGCUUCAAAUUUAAAUGGAAGGUUGGGGUUGUCGUCGUGCCAUUAACGCAGGAUGAAAGAGAUUAUUAACGCUGAUUAGACCAACGUCUCACUCCUGUGAAAAAGGACCAUUUUACCGCGGCUCCCCUUUCCCUUCCUAAAAAAAGCAAUAAUAUCCGCAAAAGAAUGACUUGCACUCUAGCACCUUGAGUCCAAAGCUCCAUUUCCACCCUCCGUCUUCCUACUUAGCUCAUUUUCCCUCACCUAUUUUUACUCGAGGAUUAAUUUUACCGAACAAGAGAGGUACGAGAAUGGACUUUCCACAUAGCUACUUAACUAUUCUAUUAAAAUUCCCAUUCAGUGUCCCCAUGUAAUGUCCAAGGAUGAAUAAUUGCCCCAUGUAAAUCACCAUUUCUUAUUCAUAUCAUAAAAGAGGGGGGAAAAAGCCUCUGUGUUAAAACUUUCCCCCCGCUUUUUCUCUUUAUAGGGGAGGAUAUUCUGCCGACAUCAGGGGCUUCUGUGCAAAAGGUUAUCUUUAACGCUUCUUCUUUUAUGCAGAGACAUGCGCUGGAACAAAGGCACCAUCCUGAAGGCCUCGGUGGAGUACAUAAGGUGGCUGCAGAAGGAGCAGCAGCACGCUCGGGAGCUAGAGAGCCGACAGAAGAAGCUGGAGCAGGCGAACAGGAGGCUGCUGCUGAGGAUCCAGGUAAGAGGACAGAGCAGAGAGUUUACUUACUCUUUGAGUUGGAAAGAAAGAGAAAUCUCUGAUCUCAUACUUUACUGUUAACUACCUGAUGAAGCAUACAGUCACACCUGCUCUUUCCAGAAGGAGAAUGAACACACAAACAUUAUGAGUCUCAGAGUUUACUCAAAAGUGACAAAACUGUCCGGGAAACGCUAACCGCCGCUGCUGACAACAGGACUACUCAGAGAAGGUCAAGCUGGGGUUAGUGAUAAAAACUGGUGGGAAAAUAGGUGUUGACUAUUUACUAAUAAGAAUAUGUGAGGGAGAAGAGUCUGUGAGAACAAGAAACUCUGAUAAGGGUGGAGGAGUGGAGGAGGUAUGGUUGUGGUUUUCCCACACAAACACACUAAUGUCAGGGGUGUGUCCACUCUUGUUUAAGUGCAGUGGCCCAAUCAGUGCUGUCAUUAAGUAUUUGUGUGCAAUACAUCCAAACAGCACUAAGAUAAGAUUUCUGUCUUACCUAAUCAUACAGUUUUAUUGAUAUCUUACUGUAGUUACAUUUCUGAGUAAAGGUUUUUAAAAAGAAUGAAGAGGUAAUAUCAAAAUCUUUAAAGUUUAGUCAACGACAAGAUUUUCCUUCAAGAGACACAGGAUAAUUAUGAUGAUAUAUUUUUUUAAUCUUUUAUUUAAGCUUUAUUAACCAGGUAAACCCGUUUGAGAUCGAGAUCUCAUUUACAAGAGUGACCUGGCCAAGAGGUGGCAGCACACAACACAAUAAUAAGUAAUAACAAAGAAGAAGAAAAUGACCUCCAGAAACAUAAUUAAAAACACAGGCACUGCUCCAUGGCCUCUCAAAGUCUGUCAUGUAAGAUUGAAUGAUAAAAAUAAUAAUAAAUAACAUGCAAAGAAGAUAUGCUUUUAAUUCUCCCAGCAGCCUAUUAAAACACAGCCAAGUAAGACAAUUUUAACUUAAAGCACCUCUAAGGAGUUUAUUCAUGUUUAUGAAAGAGUCCAAAAAUCAUAUUGGUACUUUUUUGUGAUAUUUAAAAUAAAACAAGACUGUCAGCCAUAAGACUUAUGCAAUAAUUUGGUGACAGAAAUGGGAAUGAAGGGGUAGGUGUGAAGCUAACCGCUGAAGAAACAGCCCUGUUUUUACAUUUCCACUGUCAAAAAUUACAUGAGUUUUCUUAGCAUUUCAAGAACAAGAUAGGCACAGACAGCUCUGUCAACAGGGGGCGCCAAAGUAUUGAGUUCAUGACAUGAGCUUUAAGUCCAACAUUAAUCCAGGUUCAUUUUUCACUGAGGGUUUCUUUUCUUUUUUUUAGGAGCUUGAGAUCCAGGCCCGCGCACACGGCCUCCCAAACAUGGCUACAGCCUUGGGUACAGUUGAACUCUCCUCCCACCUCCUAAAACAACAGCAACAACAACAACAGCAGCAGCAACAGUCAUCCCCACAGCCCCAGCAGCCCCAGCAGCCACCCCUCUACCAGGAGGACCCCAACAGCGACUACCUCCAGAGGAUAGCGGUGGUUGCUGGUGUACCAUCCAUCCCCAGCGCCGCAGGACCGCAGGAUCACAUCCAAGGCGCAGACGGCUGCACAACAUUCUCCGACCCACUGUCCCACUUCACAGACUUCUUCAGUGCUACACUCAAGGAGGAGCACCGGCUGGAUGAGAUCCUCAUGGACGACCCACUCUCACCUUUUGGCACUGACCCCCUUCUCUCGGCCGGUUCGCCCGGAGCCGCGUCCAAAGACAGCAGCCGCAGGAGCAGUUUUAGCUCAGCCGAGGGUGAUGACCCAUGAGACUUCACUCUCUUGGUCAUCCCCAAUGAUACACAGAGCCGUACAAAGACUGACUCUUGUGUCCAUCUCUAACUAUUCAAAACGACAGCUAAAACACAUAACAGUGCUCAAAAUGGUGCCACUUGUGUAUAAAAAAAAAGUGUAUUUCUCACUGAACAGGACCAGGAGCAGCUUAUGGACUUCCUGCUGCAUGACAUAACUUUAUAAUAGACAAACAGUACACAUCUCUGCCUCCCGGACAGAGCACAAACAGACUCACAAGAAAAAGGGAGACACUUAUCAGCCUUCAUAUAAAUGACAGUCUAUUGUUCAAACACUGUAGUCGCCGAACACUGUAAAAUAUGCAAAAUAAUCACUGAAAAACAGCUCGAAUGCUCUUUCUUUGAACAAAAACAUACUACUGCUGAAGAAAAGGAUUUUUGAUAUUUACAGUCAGGAUUGUUAUCAUGUGAUGUGCCUUAUUCAAACCUGUAACUGCUGACUCACCAAAAUGCCUAAUGUGUCUUCAGUCUCAUCUGUGUCAUUUUAUGUGUUUUUAAGCGUUUAUGUAUUUAUAUAUGUUCUAAUCCAUGUAUUCCUUUAAAAGAUAUAUAUUAUUAUCUAACAUGAUACCUUUUUUUAUUUCUUAGCAGGGGUGGGGAAAAUAUAAUAAACCCCUUUUUUCAUAUACCUGAUUU